GCCAGAAGUGUGGCGUGGGCUCUUUCCUUCUUUCUAAAGUGCUCCCUCUUGAGUCCCGCCCAUGUCUUUAACUCAGCGCGUUCAAUGGAGAACCGGUAGUGACUUUCUAGUUACCCUGAGUGUUCCCACGUGCCCCUUGGGCCGUUCCCUCUUCCCCAACUUUUUUUCGGACUCGCGGUGGGCUUGGAGUGGUUGCCAUGGAGACGAGACUGCUUCUGCUGCUGGGCCUGUGCGGCCUGGGCAGGGCCGCCAACACCACUCUACCACGACCCCCUAACUUGGUCUUGCUGUUGAUGGACGAUGUGAGCCUGGGAAGGGGAGGUGGCAAGGGAAGGAGGGAUGGUUCCUGCAAGUGGGGAGGGGGCAUCCUCCUCUCGUGAGGGAAAGGGGUCAGGAGGAGAAAGGGAGCCUGGGAAGGGGCCACCUCUCUGGGGAGCGCUGGGUGGGUCUGCUUCCUGGAGGAAGUGGGGUGCUGAGAGUAGCAUUGCUUCCAUUGUGGAGCCCAUUUGGUAGGUGUGAAGCAUUUGAGAGGGUGUAUAUGUGGGGGUGGGGGUGUCUGUCAUUUACACAUACACUGGUACAGUUUUUGUGUGUGUGUACUGUAUUAAACAAUGUGUGUGUAUAUAUAUAUGUGUGUGUGUGUGUGUGUGUGUGUGCGCACGCGCGCGCAAUGUAUGAAUUUACAUUAGACAGUGUGGUGCAGUGGUUAGAGAGUCAAGACCAGGAGCGGGGAGACCAAGCUUCAAAUCCCCCCUCAGCCAUAAUACUUUCCGGGUGAUGUUUGGCCUGUAAGCCUAAGCUACCUCUGCCUGUAAGCCUAAACUACCUCACAGCGUUGUUGUGAGGAUAAAAUGGGGAGAUGGGGGAGAACCACUUAUGCCCCCUUGAGCUCCUUGGAGGAGAGGAGGGAUAGAAAUCAAUUAAAUAAAUAAGUGUGAUAUGUAUUAGAAAAUGGCUCCAGUAAAUUAACAGAAGCCUAGUUCUAGGAUUAUACCAUCCAUAUACAUGAAUAUACAUGAAUGGUAACACACAUAUAUACAGGCACCACCACAUCAAUGAAUGUUGGUCAAAAGACAAUUCCCUGCCCCAAGGAGCUUCAUUUCUGAAUUUUGAUAGAGAGGAAGAGUUACCAUGAAGCUCUGAUAUCCCAGUGUCUGAAGAGCUGACCUUUGGCACUGAGGCAUUCAAGGUAAUAUCAGUUGCUUUCAAAACACUGUGGUGCUUUAUCUUUGGGGGUCAAUUUGCACAUUAUUACAUUUUUUAAAAUUAUGUUUAUAUUUUCCUCCAAGGAGCUCAAAGUGGCAUACAUACUUCUCUCACUCAUUUUAUCUUCACAACAACUCUGUGUGAGGUAAGUUAGGCUGAAAGUUACAAUGAGGGCUCUUCCAGACUUCCCUUUCUGCUGCAUUUUUAGGCACGGGCCUAUGCUUUAAAGCACUGUGUCUGAACACCUUUUUUUUUUGUCCUGGCACUUUCCUCAUGAAAACACAUUCUUUGCCACUGAAUUGGAGCAAACGGCAAUCUCUGGAAAGCCCAAAUUGUCAUUUGUUCAGUGUUGAAGACCAGGUUUUCCUGGGGAAGGCAAAAAUAAUAAUACAGUAAUUGGUUACUUGUUGACCUAGCUCUUCAAACCUCUUUUUGAGUUACAGUUUCUCCACCCCUUCCACAAGAUGGAAGAGAGAGGAAUGGUUUCUCUUUAAGGCAGUGAUGGGGAACCUCCGACCCAUGGGCCAAAUUUGGCCUGGGAGGCUCUUUACCCUACACCAUGUCCACUUGCCCCACACCUGGCAUCAUAUGUCAAUAGUCAAGACAUGACUGGAUUUACUGCAGAACCGAUUUCUCAAUGGGGAACUCCAUUACAUAGCUGAUUCCUACAGAAAGCAACUUCAAAGGCACCAGCUAUCAACUGAUAGGCAGUGACUACAAGCCUGCUGAUCAGUAGCACUUUAACACACCACACACAUCUCUUUGCAAGCCCUUUGUGGCAACAGUUAUCACCUUAUGUCACUGUGACAGAAUUUGUCCCAUGAGGAGUUGGAGAGAUGAAGACCUGGUCUGCAGCCUAGAUCAGGUUCCCCAAACCUCCUUUAAGGACUGGUUUUGGGGUGUUGGAGGGGUGUCCCAAAGCAGAUAAGUGGCACGAAGUAGGCAGGAAGGCUAUGAAAAAUGUUCCUUUGGGUGCUGGAUGCUCAUUUGAGGCAAAUGGCUUAUCAGCUGGAGUAUUGCACUUUGAUGCAGAAUCCCUGCCUUGGUAUGUAAGCUGGGCUGUAAUUCUUUUAUAAGAUGACAUGAAACUGUCCUGAUGAAAGAUAGGAGGGAAACACCAUAAAUGUAUGAAUAGGCUUCUGGGCCAGCUUGGAGUUUGCAAAGUUUUACAGAGAUUGUGUUGGUGGUGGAGGAAUGGUGUGUUACAAAUAAGUUGUGUGAAGUACAUUUCUAAAUAAAUGAGGUUUAUUUCUAAAUAAUAAAUUGUAUGAAAUACAUGAUGUUGGGCCCUGGGAAAGGGCCUUUUCAAUUGAACCCUCUCCUUCCUGGCCUAAUUUCUCAGUGGUUUUAGGUGGCUAGUUAGGACACAUUUUUUUCAGGGUUUCAGCAGUGAUUUUUUUGUUAUGUGUUUUUAAAGGAUUAGGUUUUUUAACUGUUUGCUUGUUGUAAACUGCCCUGUGGCUUAUGCAAAGGACAAUAUAAACCAUUUAGAAAUAGAGAGCUAGCAGCUGGAACCAUUAUUCUUUGAGCUGGAAAUUUUGCACAAGGGUGCCUAUUCUGCAGCUUCUAUCAAGUGUUUAGAUAUUCCUCUCCCUUUUGUCUCAAGUGGAGCAAUCCUUUCGCUUUUCACCUUUAUUGCUGGCAAGAAGUAAUAAAUAACUACUUGUGUGCUAUUAAUCUGAACGUCACCAUUUUGGAUUUCCUUUGCCAUCAAUGCACUAUGUGGCCUUAGUCAAGACUAACAUAUGUAUUAAGCUGCUGCAAUCCUUAUUGCGCCACUGCAUUUCUUUCAGCUCAGACCAAUAUAGUUGUCCAUAUGAGAUUCAGUAAGCUACUCUUUCACAUCUGACAUAUGCGAAUAAAAGACCCAAGCAUUACAGAGCUGUUGUCAUAUAAGACUGCGCACUUUGAGCACUUGAAAAAACUAUCCCUCACACAAGGGUCACAAAAUUGCUUAGUCCUACUGAAGUGAGGAGGAUUGUGCACAGUGGACACUGCUUGUCUCAGUAAAAGGCUUAGCAAUAUGAACUUGCUACAAGAGUUCAGGUCUGGGGCCUCGGUCUGUUUUUGAGCACCUCGUGAUUGUGAUUCAUAAGCCAUUUUAGGGAAAUUAUUCCACUGCUCUGCUGACCGUAGUGUUAGAAAAAUGCUUUCUAAUGUGUUUCUUGCAUUUCUUUUUAGUUUCAGGCUAUUACUCUUUGCACUCUGUUUUUAGCUGCUUGAAAUUGUUGGUGUAAUUUUUUUCCCCCUUAAAAAGGGGGCUCCUGUUGAUUUGAGUAUUUUCCUAUGCUACAAAAAGGUUCUCAUCCCCUCACCCUCCUUUCCUUAUUAUAUUCAGUAAAUAUGUGUCAAGAAAAAGUUGCAGUUGAAGCAGGAAUGAGUGUUUUAGCUGCAGGUGCCAGCAAGGACAAGCUAGGUAUGGUGCCAUUUUCCAAAAGGUUGGAAGUUCUCUUGAUUUUGCCCCAUCCCAGGGGGGAUUCAUGCAACUACCACAAAACAACUUGCUUCAUCAAGCCAUACAUAAUUUGUGUUAAGAAUGAAUUCACUCACAAAGUUGGGGUCGUGAAUUUGAAAGGAGGAUUAGGGGGAAAUCAUGGAGAAUUGGUCUAACAAUGGCUAUUGGUCUUUACAGUUAGAAAUGGAACUUCUGUGUUCAGAAGCAGCAUAUUUGUGAUUGCUUGUCACUGAAAGCAUACAGCAGUGAAUGGCUUAUUUGCAUCUUGCUCAACUUUUGAGCUUCUCUGGGGCAUCGGACUGACCAUUGAUAGAGACAGAAUACUGGACUCUGUGAACCUUUGAUCUGUCCCAGCCUGACAUUUCAUACAGAAGGGUUUCUGAAACUGUGAUGCAGUUCUUCCCACAGAGGUGUUGCCAGGGAUGGUGUGAUCUGCUUCUUGGCUUCACCCAUAGUGUGUUUUGUCAGAUGGAUGCUGCCAGCACACCUCCUAUUGUACAAAACUGGAAAUGGUGAAUAACCUGUUCCUUGUGUUUCUGAAGGUCACUUGACACUGUUCUCUCCCCUUUGCUGCCCUGCAAUAAUCCAUGUUGCUUCCAUGAAGCCGAAAAGGCUGCUCGCCAUUAAACAGGCAGCUGAGCAGUGGAAAUCAUUGUACAAUGUGCUUGGGUAUUACAGUGGUGGAUGCUACAGUAAAGUUUUUAAAUAGCUGAAUGAUAAAAAUGUACACGAGUCCUUUCAACUGAUUGUCGUUUAUUUGUCUUGUGUCCUGGUAUGUCUUCAGAUGGGCUGGGGUGACCUAGGUGUGUUUGGGCAACCUUCCAAAGAAACCCCAAAUUUAGACCAGAUGGCUGCAGAAGGAAUGCUUUUCCCAAGCUUCUACACUGCCAACCCUCUUUGUUCUCCAUGUGAGUAAACUCCAAAGCUCUAGAGAAGCAGUGCUGUCUAGGGGGUGGAGAGUUGGGCUUGGUACAAAUCGUACCUCUGUCAUGAAAUCACAUUAGACAAAUUGCUGUCUUCAACUUCUAAAGAUUAAGAUUGCAAAUCAAAUGUGCUUUGAUAAAUAAUAGUAGCAGUACUAGAACCUAAUACUCUAGGAACACAUUUUCUUAAAGAAAAAUAAUAGCAGAAAUUGUUAAUGUUGGAAGACCUUCUAAUACUGGUAACUGUUUCCUCGAAAUGCCUCCAAGCUCUCCCCCAGCCACACGGACUGAGAUUGUGGUAACUGGAUGUGAUGAAAUAGUAAAAUUGAAGCAGGAAGGGUGUUGUCUAAGAAAAGAAAGUCGCCCAACUGAUAUAGACAGUUAUUUCUGUGUGCCCCCACCCCUUGCUUUUCUCUCCUCAGCAAGAGCAGCACUCUUAACUGGUCGUCUCCCCAUCAGGAAUGGCUUCUACACCACAAAUGCCCAUGCCAGAAAUGGUAUGUCCUUCUUUUCCAGCAAAUGAGCCUUUACUUUUGCAAGCCAAAUGUUGGGGUCUUGCUUCAAGUUCCCCCACUAAAGACACAUUCAUUCAUUCAUUCAUUACUUAACAAAAUGUAUAUAUACUACUUACUGGAACAAAAGACCUCCAGGCAAUUUACAAUAGGCUGCAAUCCUAAGCAAAUUUACUCAGAAAUUAAUCUUUUUUGAGAUCAUGGAAGUAAUUGCCAGGCUUAGAAUCAGGGUUGUAUUGCAAACAAAUAGGCCUGGUGUUGCUAGUCCAGCUAACAGGGUUUAUAGGAUCUUGAAUGAACCUGCACAUGUUAUUGACUGUCAUGACUGCCUCUUCUCUGCAUGCAAACUGAGGAGAGAAAAAGGUUCCACUCUUCACUUGAGGACAAACUGCAGUUUCCUGUUAUAGACAAACUACAGGAACUGUGGUUCAUUCUAACUAGUUAAAACAAAUCAAUCAAUCAUGGUUUAAUAGUCGGUUUUGUUAACUAACCAGGGUCAGAAUAAACCAUAGUUCCCUGAAUUUGUACACAACAGAGAAGUGCAAUUCGUUUUAAAGGGAAAGCAGAAGCAUUCUCUCUUCUCUGCUCGCAUGCAAAGAGGGCAAGUGUGAAAGCCUGAGGCUUAUGAAAGCUUGCUUGCGAUCAUCUUAACUAUGAUACAGAUAAUAGCCUGAAGCAGACCUAAGACUUCCUGCAUAAAGAGAAUGUCUCCAAAUGUUCCUGCUACAGUACAAAUUCUAGUGCUCAGGUUGUUAAAUCUGUUUUUGCUUUUGCUGCUAAAGAAGUUGUUUUAUUGGAUAGGUUAAUUAAGAUUCAGCAAAAGGCGGGUGGAGUGAAGAGAAGAGUUGCAUGUUAUUAUGGAAGGUUAGCAAUAUGUUUGAAAUACACUCUUACAGAAAUAUGUUCUUCCUACUAAGCCAGGCAAGGGCGUCUGGAGGGCACUACCAAGCUGUCCACAAUGAGUGCUUUGCUCUAGCACUCCUGUUGGGAGGUGCCAGCUUGAGCUGAUUUGCGGCCGAUCUAGUUGGUGUUAGGGUUGUUUGUUCCAAAAUGGCAGAUGCUGUAGGAGACCAUAUGUUUUAGAGCAUGCAUUUACAGCUCCGGAUUGGUGCUGCAUAUUGGCAAGUGUGGGUGUUCAUCUCUUAGCUGACAGUGGAGGGAUGCUUGUAUAUUAGAAGUCCAUAAGAAGUACGGAAGAAUGCAUGCAUUUAAAAUUAGCUAACGGUCUGAGGCCUGAUCUGCAUGUCCUUUUUGUUUGAGGCAUGAAAGGGGGCUUGUCACCUAAUUCUGAGCAAUCUACCAUGUCGCUUGUUACUGUCUGCAUUGAUGACUGGUGGCUGUUCAGGUCUCCAGAAGAAGUUUACCGCAGGCCUACUUUUCCCUGUUCUCAUUUUUAAAGAGCAACAUCAGAGGUUGAGUCUUUAGAGCAUGUGUUCUGCCACUGAUGUACUGAGGCAGGGAAUCCCCAGGGUCUUUAGAAAGAAUUUAUUUUAGUCCUCCUAACUACCAGCAAUGUGGGUGGCUGACCCUCUUAGCCAUUCAGCCGUGGUACCUCCCUGAUAUGCAGGCUGCAGUUUUUCUCAUUUGGGAACAAUAGAAUGAACAGAAAACUGAGAUAUGCUUUAAAGCAGGGUGGGCACCUGUGAGCUCCUAGCCUGAUUUCGUUCAGAUGGGGGGAACUUGGAGAGAAAGAGGGGGGAAAGUGGGAGGGGGAGACCCAAAAUGGGAGGAAGAGAGAAAAAUCUGUCUGCAAUUGAUCAGUUUAGACUUCUGGCAAACGUGUUCUGUCCAAUGCUCUGCCAGUGUCAGUGGGACCAAGUUUAUUAAGUCUGUAUCCUUCAGCUCUUGUGGGGGGUUGGCCUGUUAGUUGCCCAUUCUUUUAGUUCAGUGCCCAGGGUACAAAUCUGAGAGCUGCUAUCUAGAAAACCACAAGUGGACUCUUCUGCUCAGGUGAUAUGUGCACAAACAGACCACAUUCACAUUAUCUAAAGUGCUUUGCCUCUCAUUGAACACAGAAACCAUUUAGGAAAGGAAGCAGCUCUCCUCCACUUGCUUGUGAGGGAGCCAGAGGGCAAAUUUGCAUCUCAGUGCAUGGUGCAAGCAGGUUUGCCAUACAGUGGUGCCUUGGGUUACAUACACUUCAGGUUACAGACUCUGCUAACCCAGAAAUAGUACCUUGGGUUAAGAACUUUGCUUCAGGAUGAGAACAGAAAUCGUGCUCCGGUGGUGCGACAGCAGCAGGAGGCCCCAUUAUCUAAAGUGGUGCUUCAGGUUAAGAACAGUUUCAGGUUAAGAACGGACCUCCGGAAUGAAUUAAGUACUUAACCCGAGGUACCACUGUAUUGGCUUGUUCCCUGCCCCUCUGCAUUCUUCGUGUUUCUAAAAACAAUUGACUGGCUCUCUGCUUUAAGAAAUACCUUGGGAAUCAAUGGAACAGAGGCAUAGCUGGGGGGGGCAGGGGGCACUGGGCACCACAAUGCGGGAGAUGGCACUUACCUUGGGGCCUACAGCACGCCUGAGCCAUGCGUCUCUCCUGGGAGUGACACGGUGGCGCAGGUGCUUGCAGGUUUUGCAGUGCCCAAAACAGCAGUGUGGGACUUGCUGCUGUCUUUUGACUCCCCAUCAGCUGCCCUACAGUGGGCAGCUUGCCCUGCCCCCAUGGGCCACUCACCUUGCCCCGGGCACCAGAGUGGCUAGCUACACCACUGCAAUGGAACCUGCUGUUGAGAGAAUAAAGUUUUAUUUUUUAAAAAAAAUAAUAAUAUUUAUUAGUAGUUUUCAGAAUUAUAAGAAGAAAAACAUUAAAAAAACAUUAAAAAACAACACUAUAAUAGACAAAAAACAACAACACAAAAAUCAAUACAACAAUACAACAAAAAGAUAAAAAGAAAAAAGAAAACAACACAAAUCCCAACUUACAUAUCUAAAACUUCCAUUUGCUUGUUUCAUUGACUUCCUCACACCUCCCUUUUUGUAUUCUAGUUUAAUUAGUUAUUUCAGCAAAUUCUUUCCAUCUUUCUCAAUUUUUAUUAAAAAAUUCAUCCUAGCCUAAUUUAAUCUACUAAUUAACUCAACAAAUCCUUUCCAUCUUUCCCCAUAUUCUAUUGUUCACAUUACCUUAAUUAAUUUAACCUUAUCUUACCCUAAAACACCUUAAAGCUUGAAUCUUAGUUAUCAAAUAUACAUUACUCCUGAUAUCAUUUCUGCUAAAGUCAUAUAGUUUCAUUCCAACAUUUUCCCUAAUAUUCAUUAAUUUUUAGCCAAUUCCCCAAUUAGAAAAUUUUCUUUAUAAAUUUUCUUCCAAUCUUCAUCCAACGUCCCUUCUUCCUGGUCUCGGAUCGUGUCAGUCCUUACUGUCCAUUCCAUCUAGUCCAUCAACCUGGAAGCCUUAUGUCCGAGGCCCUUAAGUCUCUUCCAUGUCCCUUCUGCAAUUCUUCUUCUUCUUGUUUAUACUUGCCCUUUUCCUUGUCUUUUGUUGGUCUCUUUCUUAGUUUCUUUCCUUUCUCAUUGAGGGGUAGGCCUCUGGGGGGUUCCAAGCCAGAAUUAUCUCCAUCUCCCUUCAUCAAACCCGCCCAUUCCCCACAGUCCCACUCCCCACAAUCCUCAAUAUAGUCCAAAAAGUAUUUAAAAGCAUAUUCCAAGGUCUCUCCAACGUUAGGAACCUCCUCAACUCCAGACUCCCCCUGGCCCACUCCAACUUCAAUCUUCAAUGACAGCGGCUCAUACUCCUGUAGGGCCUCGGGACUCUCCAUUUGUAUUAUUUGGGGUGCAACCGCAUCCUCCUCCAUUAUCUUCUGCACUUGCCCAGUCAGUACAGAUUCAUGAGUUGGUCCCUGGAUAAUUUAUAUAUCAAUAUUCCCUGUUUGCCCACAGUUAUUAACUGCAACAGUCAAAUCCAUUUUCUCAUUCAUCAAGUCCAUCUUCUCAUGCAUCUGUUCCAGCAGGGCACUUGUCUUACAUAAGGCAAGCACCCAGUCUUCUUUCCAACUCAUCUUUAGUCAAGGUCAGAAAAGCCUGUUCCCACGGUCUUAAUCUCACAUCUGUUGAGCCCUCAAGUGUACUGCAGCAACAAUUUGACAAGCUCCCUCUAGAGGAGGCAAUUUCUAUUUGUAUCCAUUUUUUUAAAGGCAAGCCCAACAAAGGAAAAUUACUUUCGUUUUUCAGAUAUUUUUCAGAUAUUUUGUUUCUUUAGGAUGCAAAAGGCAACAUUGGAAUCAGCUUGUUUCUCUUCUUUAGCUAUCUGUCAAAAUAUCCCAUUCACAGUCAAUGAACCUCUCCAACAAUUUCUGUCUCUGACACCCCGUUCCCAGGUUAGAGACGGUGGAAACUUAUCCUUCUUCACUCCCUCUCCUGCUAGGGUUGAACAAAGUCCCCCCCCCCUUUUCUCCUGCUUCCAAGGGGGUUUCAGUAAUUCUAAAUGAAGAAAAUUUAGACUUUUUUGACAGCUUUCCAGGCUUUAGCUUACAAAGUUUUUGCUUUAGUCUAUAUACAAAAAGCGGAAGGCAGACUUCCUGUUUUGAACCUUCCCGCUUUGUUACCAAAUUAAGAAAUUUCUUGAUCCAAUUUUCCGUUUCUACUCACAGGUACUUGUUUUAAAUCCAAUUGUCCACAGGAAAAAGUCAGCGCUCUCCGGCAAUGGCUGUGCGGCUUCACUCCGUGAAAGUAGCAGUCAGUUCGCAGCACCGCGCUUCUCACCCCACUUCGCUCCGGAGCCCCUAAAUGGGAUUCCUCGUGAGUAGGGGCGCUCCUGGUGCCCUGCCGAACCCCACGUUCCCAGGCUUCCUCCGCCUGGGAUUUCUAGCGGGUCCCCACCUUCGCCGCGGCGGGAAGACCCAGUUUCCACGGAGCCCGUUCCUCCGGACGGAGGAACUCCGCCAUUCACCGAUGGCGCUGACCCGGAAGUCCGAGAGAGAAUAAAGUUUUAGACAUGAAACUGAAUGGACACAGAUAGUUAUGUGAAAUGUCCUCUAAUAUUUGGUGCAAUUUGGGCCAGAUAUUUAGAAUGAAGAUGGCACAUGUUUUAAUCUAUUUUUAGUUUAUUGUUGAUUUAAUUUUAGAAUGUUCUAAAUCAUUGUUAAUUAUUUUCAUUGCUAAUCUUAUUGCAUUAUCUUUUUUGUAAAUGGCUUUAAGGUGUUUUUUUUUUUUUACAAUCAAGUGGCGUAUAAAUUUUAUGAAAUAAAUAAAUAAUAGAUCAGUCUUCCCCAACCUGGUGCCUUACUUGCAGUUUUAGACUGCAAUUCCCAUCAUCCCCAUCUAUUGGCCAUGCUGGCAGAGACAGAUGGAAGUUGUAGUCUACUACAUCUGGAGGUUACCGUAUCAGCUACACCUCACUUAAAUCCUGCUAAUCCCUAAUCCACCUGUCUUUCUGACCUGUCUUGUCCUAUCCCCCAAUCCCACUUGGCAUGCUUUCCCUAAUGAGGCCUCCCGCCACCGGUGCCCUUCCACCGUUAGGCUUCUGUUCUUAGACCAAGGUAAAGUUCGCAAACAGUGACAACAACUUCCAGUUUUGCGGCUUUCUUAAACCGAAUAGUUUGUAAACAGGGCUGUUCUUAAACCGAGGUACCACUGUACAGUUAAUAAAUAACGUUACCACCUGCAAACCUUCUCAUUUGGCUGAAGUGUUUUUGUCUUAAUGCAGCCUACACCCCUCAGGUCAUAACAGGGGGCAUCCCAGAUUCUGAGCUCCUCCUUCCAGAAUUGCUGAAGAAAACAGGCUAUGUCAAUAAGAUCGUUGGCAAAUGGUAAAGCUCCUUUUUGAAUAUGUCCCUUUUUUUGUAUGGCUUGCUUUAUAUGUGAGAGAAUCAGAGUUCAAAUAAGUUGGUUUAGUUUGUGAUUUCUGUCUUCAGAAAUCUUGGCAGGGAAUCGUCCCCCCCACCACCUGCUGUGACUAAUUUUAGAGCCAAGGACUAUCGUAUAAUAGAGGCAACAUGCUGCACUUAUUUUCAUAAGAAAUUACAAACCUGCAUUGCCAGAGCAUGCCAUAAGCAGUCAUCAAAUCUUUUAUCUUUGGCCCUUGCAAAAUGUGUUGAUCUCUGAGGUAUGGCACUUUCUGCCUAAAUUGUAAGCUAUUCCUUUUUGAUCCUGCUUGAAUAGCAGAGUUAUUGAGUGGCUUCAGAGAUGCAUUCCCUUCCCCAAGGAGAGAAGGACUGAUGCUAGCACUCUUCCAAGGAGUCAUAGCAUAAUCUAGGCGGGCAGAGGGUAAACCAGGAACUACUGAACAAAUAUUGACCCACAAUCUGCUUGUGCUGUAUCCCAGGAGCACUUUUAAAAGAGCUAAGAGUUGGAUCAUUGAAAUUGAUGACAAACCUCUGUGGUGCUGGCGCAGGUGUUAACAAAGGUAACGGCAAAGCCACUGAAAAUGGUUCUUUUAUAUAAAUCAUGGUUGUUAAGAAAAGGCUCACAGCAGCUGAGGAGGAAAGUGUGAUUUCUGAGCCACUUUAGAAGAAAAAAGGAGAGAGACAGAGAUGACUGUUCUCUUCCUAUUGCUCCCCUGACGAUUGACUUCCCAGAUUGGUGUAUGAAUUUACUGCUGAUGAAGAGAUCAGUGGCUCAGGCAGGGUUUUGUAACUUUUUCCUUAAGGGGAUUCUUCUGUUUGAAAUGUUCGUGUGUUUAAGGACCAUAGUUUGGUCUUACCUUCUAACCUAAAAGACACACCUCCUUUCUACUCUGUGGCCUUAGCACCUGCAGCUACACUGCCACCUCCCUGAUCUAUUAAUGGGGCGACUCAGGAUUGGGGAGUUCUUAGAUCAAAGUGCAUUGUAAAAUUGCACGUGCAAGUCUUUGUGGCAAAGGAUGCCACUGCUGGGGCUGGGCAGUGAGCCAGGAACUGGGAGCUGUGGGUUGAAGCCAGUAGUCAGGACCAAAGAGUAAGCCCAGGACUAAAGGAGAAACCAGGAGGCAGAAUUGAGAAACAAGCCAGAAAUCGGGACUGAAGAAUGGUCAAAAGGAUGCAAAAUUACACUGCAGUUCAGGAAGACCUUAACUGGAACAGGCAAGCCUGUUGUGGGGUUUUCUGCCCUGAAGGAUUCAAAAUACCAGCCUGGGCAGAUAGAGUCAGUGUGUAAUUUAGUGGCUCACCAUAUGAGGCAACCAUACACAGACCCAAAGGUUCUGACUUUGAAGUGUGUUGGCCUUGGUUGCCACUGUAACAAAUUUAAAGCAAGGAUAGCCAGUCCCGGCCAGCAGGGUCCAGUGGUCAUAGACAAUAGUUGCCUCAUAUGGUGAGUUGUGGUCUACCAAUAUCUAGAGGGCACCACAUUGGAUCCCCCCAAUUUCAAGUAGCACAUUCUGCAACAGAAUUAAUAGCCAAAUCUUUCUGGAGAUAAAGUGUGUCAUGCAAAAAAUGUCAAGCCAGGAUAAUACAGCUAAUAAAUGCAGCAUCUACAUGAGCAUUUUUCCCCCAUUGGUUUGGGGAGCAGAUUCAAGGGUUAUUGUUAAUAGAGAGUCCAGGGGGACCUGGGUUCAAACACCCUGCUUGGCGGUACAGUAUAUGUGACUCCUGGUUGGCAGCUCAACUUACGUUACACCUCACUGAAGAUAAAAGGGCAGUGGGGUGACAUUGUUCCUUGGAGGAAGGGCAGAUUAAAAACAGGGGCAAAAUAACACAGGCCAAGAAAGGAUGCAUAUAUUUCAGGGGAUUUGCCAACAAGCUAGCGAACAUUCACUGAUGAUCAAGCUGUUUGCCACUAGAAGCACCGUCCUAGGAAAGAAAGCAAAUGAACCCACACCCGUGAAUUAUUUAUUGCUGCAAAUCCAAACAGCAGACUGCCGAAGAAGAAAAAUACAGCUCAGUGGGCUGCAGGCAAUGGGAUGCAGCUGAGUGCUAAUAAAUGUAAAUUCAUACACCUGGGGAAAGGAAAUAAACAGCACAGAUACAGAUUGGUUCCAGGGAGUUAUCUGGAAAGCAGCAAGUCUCAAACAACCUCAGAGCCAUAGCAGAAAGCUAAUUAAGUCUGAGCUUGCAGCAUAGUUCCUCUUGUGAGGGUAGGAAGCACCAGAUUGGUUAGACCUGGCGCCUGUUGUGUCAGCCUGUUUCUAGGGCUGAAUGUCAUUGCCAAUCGGUAAAGGGGUGCAGCGCAGAAGAGGGAAUGCAGUGCAUUCUUCACUCUGCAGGCUGUCUUUUUGUGGUGCUUCCCCCCACAAAAAAACAGCACAAUGUGGGCCAUGCUGGUCAAGUAGAGGACCAGUGCCCGCCCCACCCCCACCCCACUUGUCACAUGUUUGGUGCAAUCUUCCAUGCUUAGCCAGCUGGUCAAAACUCUGCCCCCAAAAGAAUCUGAAUUCUGUGACUUAAUCAUUUAAAUAGGUCUAUACUUUCCUUCAACGUGAUUCCAAAAAUAAAAUCAACUUGUUAAAAUACAGUAACUCAGAAAACAAUGUGAUAUGACCAACCACAGUAAAACAAUGAAGCAUAUUGCAACAUACCUGGUCUUAAAAACCAGAAGAUGCCUGAGUGAGAAAGCAAGUCGUUAGCAGGUGUCAAAAGCGCAUCAGAGUCUGCACCUUAUUUCAGGGAGGAAAUGAUUCCAUGAGCUCGGUUACCCAACAGAGAAGGCUUGUCACACCAUAGCCCUAGACAAGAUGAGGCACAACUAAGACUUCCUCAUCUGAGAAUCUCAGCAUGGGAGAUAACAUACUUUAAGUGUCCAGGCCUAUGUCAAUAAAAACCCUUUAAUAUUGCUUGGUGAUAAAUUGGCAGCCAGUUCAAUUCUUUCAACAAUGGCAUCCCAUGGUCACAGCAGGCAGCUCUGCUCAGCAGUCUAGCUGCCAAAUUCUGCAGUACCUGCAGCUUCUGAACCAGCUUUAAGGGCAGCCCCACAUAGAACAGAUUACAGUAACCCAGUCUUGAGGUUACCAACGUUAUGGGUUGCUGUGACGAGGCUAUCUUUGUCCAGGAAUGGCAAGGAAUGAUCACAGCUUGUACACCAGCCAAAGCUGGUAAAAGGUGCUCCUAGCCACUAGUUAAUUGUGCAUCCUCAGGCUAAGCCUGAACUCAGACUGGAUUGGAUCCAGAUAAUCAUUUUUCUCUAAGAGCACCCAAAACUGAAAAGCCAGCACCUGCCUUAAGCUUUAAUUAUACAAAUUAAGCAUGUUGGCUUCGAUUUUCUCAUUUGCCAUCAUCAUUCCUCUUUUCCUUAUGGAGCAGGAUAAGGAACUAUGUGGGCUAGCAUCAAUCCUGCUCUGGCUCUGGAAAUGGCACAGUCUUUGCCAACCUGGAGCCCUUCAGAUGUUCUGGACAACAGCCGCCAUAAGCUGCAGCUAGCACAGCAAAGCUGGCUUGGACUGAUGGUACUUGUAGCCAAGAAAAUCUGAAGGGUAUCAGGUGAAGGGUAUAUUACAUUUUUCACAUAUUUUUGAGCCAUGGAAACUACUAUUGAUAAAUGUUGUGCAGGGUUCAGCAGAGGAAAUGGUCUAGCAAGGGACUUUGGGAGGUUACAUGUGAUGGACCAGGAAGCCCCCAAAGGCAAAUUAUCUGAAUUAGUUAGCUGUGGGCCUUUCAUUGUCUUUUUCUUAACCAUGGGUUAUUACAUUUGUCAGCUUCUUUGUUACAGUGCAUUUUUUGUGCAGUGCUGAUAGGGUGAUUGAUCUUCUCUUAUGCAUCCCUGACUGGUUUUUUCUUUUUCUUUUCUUUUUGUUAAUCUUUUCUAGGCACCUUGGCCACAGACCUGAGUUCCAUCCCUUGAGGCAUGGAUUUGAUGAGUGGUUUGGAUCCCCUAAUUGCCAUUUUGGACCUUACGAUAACAAGGCAGCGCCUAACAUCCCUAUUUACAGGGACUGGGAAAUGAUUGGCAGGUAGCCGCUUUUCUGUGUCACCUGUGCCUUGUUGCCUUUUGCUUUUCUUCUGCUUUUUCUGGCUCCUUUUAAGCUCCACUACAGAAGAGGGCCUAGGGCUCCAUUCUGCUGCCCUUCCUUCCUUCCAGCAGAGCAUAACGUGCUGGCGUUUGCCUUUUUCCCCCCUGUAAGAGGCCAGGGGGCUCUAGGCUUCUGGAUCAAGGACCUCUGCAGGGCUGCAUUUUCCAGAAAUUCCACCACACGUCAACACUUACUGAGACACACCAGGCACCCGAGGUGAAGUGAUGGAAAUACCACCUGAUACGUACACAGAGUGGGCUUGCAGUACCCCCUGAGGAGCUGCCAUAUGCAGUGAAUUAUGUAUGAGAACUCCAUUAACAAUGACAAGGUUGCAGAGUUAAUCACUCGGAAGUUAGGAAACAGCAGCCCCCGAACUGGCUUACUCUUCUGCUGUAGCUUUGGCUGAAAUCCACCAGCCAAUGUUACUCCUGAGAAAAUCACUCUGAAGGCCCCUUCUAAGUUACGCUUUCCUCUACAGAAAUAUAGUAUGUCUCCAUUUAAAGGUAAGAGAUAUUAAGAAGUGCCUCUGGCUGCUUUCUGUGUGGCAUUAAAUGUGUUUUUGUCUGCGGUGCUGCCCAGUCUAGUGUGCUUAUGAGUGGGUGGGAAAGGUCCUGUUUAUGCUUUAUCUACUCUGACAUUAAUGCAGUUUUCCCCAGCCUUGUACCCUCCAGAUACUUUGAACAACAGCUUCCACAUGUUGUUGGGUUCCUAACUCCUACCACCCCUGACCAUUGGCUGUGCUGGCUAUAAUGGGAGCUGUACUCCUAUAUAUCUGGAGGGCCCAGUGUUGGGGAAAGCUGGAUUAAACUAUAUAAGAUGAACAGCCGAAAAAGCAAUCCUCAGCGAAACAGAGCAGAGCUAUUUGAGAUUGUAUUCAUGGUUUGCGUACAUGGAGUAACGUUUCCUAUUACAUAGUGACUCGCUGCCAUCUUCCCAGGGGGCUGAUGGGGAGCAAAGCACUUAUCCUGUAAAACAUCUGGAACAUUUUUUCUGUUUUUUGUUUAAAACUUUCUAGGUAUUACGAAGAUGUAAAAAUUGACCAUAAGACGGGGGAAGCCAACCUAACUCAAAUGUACUUACAGGUACUCUGUAUUCUGAUAAAACGUUCUUUAAAACCCACAGGCACUUUCUGCUUGCUUGCUUAUACAUAUGUAGCAUGGGUGGCCAUAUUUAAGGUUGAUUCUCUUGUCAUUUCCAGGAAGCCCUUGAUUUCAUUAGCACACAGCAUGCCAGCCAACAGCCGUUCUUUCUGUAUUGGGCAAUCGAUGCUACUCACGCGCCUGUGUAUGCCUCCAGGGAGUUCUUGGGCACUAGCCAACGAGGACUGUAAGUCGCUUUUUGAGCUGAAGUAUCAUUUCCUCCUCCCUUCCUUUUUUUGGCACUAGAAGAAAAGCACUAGAAGAAAACCAAGAACAGUGGUGGUUGACAAUAGAGAGCACAACUUACAAGUUUAAAAGUACGUUUGUUAUGAGCAUUAAAGAGCAGCAGGUGCUUUGAGAGUGUUUAUCCUCGGUUGAAGACUCUCUUGCAAUCUGAAAUAAAAGUCUUGCAUCCAAAGCAAAUAGGGUUGACAACUAUCGAUUGAGAUCAAAGAUUCUGGUACCUGGGUACAGUCUGGAGGCAAGACCAAAGCUGAUCUGAGGGUUAUCUAGCCAGGGAGCCAAGCAUAAAAGCUGUCAUAUCAAAGGUGUACAGCCCAAAAAAACCUGGAGGGAAGUGUUAGACUCUCAUUUUCUGACAACUGACCCCGAAGCAAAACCAAAAAUAAACGUUUAAAAUGGCCACAUUUUAUUUUUUUGUUUUUUUAAACAGUAGAUUGGUAACUUUGCUUUCUGAAUACCGUAUUUAUUCAAAUCUAAUGCUCACCUUUUUGGCCAAAUUACAUUGCGAAAAUUAAGGUGCGCAUUAGAUUCUAUGGCACAUUUACAUUUGCCAGCAAAUAUGGUUUUUUUCUUUUGUUUCAAGGUUCUGAAAAUUGGUGGUUCAUUAGACUCGAGUAAAUACGGUGUUUUUAGUGGAUGGUGUCUUCCCUCCUCUCUCCAAUUUGAGCCAGGAAUCACCAGGGCUUAGUCAAGGACACAUGUCCAGCAUCAGAGAUUAAGAAAUUUGGAAGACUCCCCCCCCCCCAUCCUUUGCACUAAGAUUUCCUUUGCAACUUUCAAGUACUCUGUGUGUGUGCUUGUCCACACACACGCUUCCUCUGUGGUUCCUCUUCUCCUCACCAUCCAUUCCAGUUUUGCUUUGAGGACAUUCUGUGCUGAGUGAAGAUGACCAGCUGAAAUGGAGUGGGGCUUUCAAAAGGCCCCCAAGUCAGAAAGAAGGGAGCCAGCUUUGUGGUGAUCAGCAGCGUCCCUUGUGAGAUUGGGUGGAUCUUGCUGUUGGAUUUUUAGCUUCUCUGGGAGCACAUCUGAAAGUUCUCUUGGUGAUACUGAGUGACCACUUGAAUAUAACUAAGAGCUAUAUAUAAAAACAAUACCUAAUAAUUAAUGUGUUAAUUAUGAACAAAUAAAACUUUUAAAAACAGUUAAGAGCUUUGCUCUAACAACCAACAUACCCCUCCCCAAACAUAACUAAGAUUUGUAAAUUCCUGGUGGGUAGCCGUCUUGUUAAAGCAAAAACAAAGAGGUUUAUGGUAUCUUAAAAUCGACCUGAAUGACUCAUGCAUCUUGACAGCAUGGACUCUGACCUAUUCAAGCUUUUGCUAGAAUAAUAGUGCAUAUUACCUGGAAUUCAACCCCACUUCAUUCAACAGAGCUUACUACAAGGUCAGGGUGAAAAAAAAUCCAAUCCUCUUCACACUUACCUGAGAGUAAGCCCGCUUGAACACAGUAAGACUCACUUCUGAGUAAACAUGCAUGUGCUUUUACAUAUUUAAGGUCCCAAAAAGACUCCAUAUUUGAAGAACUGGAAAUAAACAUUUGUUGCCCAAACAAAUAUGCAGAAUAACUCAUUUCCUUUUCCAAUUAUUUAAGACAUUUUUAUACUGCCCUUCAUUAAGAAACAUUCCAGGGUGGCUUACAAACAAUAUAAUCCAAUAUAAUGUGCUAACUUUUAUACUGACUACAUAAAGUCAACACAUUAAAACCAUUGAAUACUUAAUAUCUACAGUACCUAAAAGAAAUACUAAAAGCUUGGUAUUAAGACCUUUAAGAAGAAGGGCCCCGCUGGAAUAGACCAAAAGCCCAUCUAGUCCAGCAUCUUGUUUUCACAGUGUCCAGCCAGGUGCCCAAAUGGGAAUCCUGUAAGCAGGGAUCUCAUAAGCUGUUGUAAACAAUUAGCAAAUAGAUGAGUAAUAGCUGCCUAAAACCAAUAAAGAGUGACAUCUUCCUUAUCAGUACCAGUAUCCUCAGCCCUUAGCAGUCUGUUAUAAAAUUUAUUUUGUAAAUGAAACACUUUUUCUGAACCCUUGCUAUUUUUGGAACUGGUUGAUUUAAAAAGGGGGGUUGUUUUAUAAUGUGUUUAUUAUUUUGUUGUGAGCAGCUUUAAGAGCAGUGUUUUGGAAACUAUUUACAGAUAAAUAAAUAUUACCAUUGCAUAUUACAGAAUCUACAAGUCCUAAACACAAACACACACACCCCCCCCACUUGACAGGCUUGUAAUUUGCUCUCCCUGCCUCUCAGGUAUGGUGAUGCAGUGAGAGAAAUUGACGACAGCAUUGGGAAAAUACUGAGUCGCCUUCAAAAGCUGGGCAUAAGCAACAACACCUUCGUAUUUUUCACAUCUGACAACGGUGCUGCCCUUGUUUCCGGUCCUGAUCAAGGUUGGUCUUCCUGGUACAGAGCUUGUCAAGUUAGGAAUAGAGAAUUUGAGACUUCCACAUUUCACCUAGUUCGUUCCUAAGAUCUAACUGGUCCAUUCCUAAGAUCUAACAGGUAAAAUGUGGCCUGCUGACACCUGAACCAACUUAUUAAGCCCCAGAUCUGUAAAUUCUCCUUAGCAUGUCUCAAUAAAUGCAGAGGAUCUUACAAGCAUGUCUACUGAACUCUGAAAAGCUGUUAAGAUGACAAUUCCCUUGCAUUUACAGGUUUGCUCCAUUUCACAACCUUUUGGUUUUUAGUUCCCUUGGGCACAGUCACUGUGAAUUAAUCACUUGCCCCCUGUAAUUUGUUCACACAUCCCAUCCCCGCAGUCUCAGAGGCAACUCUGAGGUUGAUUUCAGGAGCAUACAGAUCAGAAGGAAUUGCCACGAGUUCUAAUCCCAGUCAGGUUAUUGGCUCUUUUUAUGACCUCCUGCAACUCCUGACUUUCAGCUGAGCAGCAAUGGCCUCUGCUAACUGGCUGCUGAUUUUGAACAUUAUGUCUGUUUGCAGUUGUGAUCUUUAGUAUAGAGAGAAAGGAAAAUUUGUCUGCUAUUAUUCACCUUGUUUCUCCUUUUUUCAAAUUACAAUUAAUGGUGAUGCAAAGAGACUGAAGUAAACAAUAUAUACUUUGGAAAUUACUCUUGACAUUGGUUAACCAACCCACUGUAUGGAAACUGGGGUCUCAUUCUGUCUCUUUAUAGCCUUCAGCAAAUCACUGUUUCUCAGCCUCCUUCCCUACUCAUAAAAAUGUUAAUAAUAAUAAUAACAAUAAUAAUUAGGAGCCUAAUCUUCUGGAACACUUAAGGGGAUGAAUGCAUUAAGGUUUGUAUGGUAGUUUGUAGGUUAAAAAACCAUCUUUAACUGAGACUUAAAGCUUGUUUUCUAAAAGCUACACAAAUACAAUGUCAAGAAAUAAACGAACAUCAAGUAUAUGUUGUCAUUAUGAUAUUUCAGUGAUGUCACACCAGUGUCACAGCUCAGUAUGCUACUGCAAAUGUCCAGGAUGGAAGGGUUAAUAUGCUAUGUAGACUAUGAUGUUGAUUGACAUUGUUCAAAGGACUUGAACAAAAUUUGUUGGUGGUGUCCUUGGGGAAUAGGUUUGUUUUACCCUUUAGUUUUGCUUAUUUCACCUUUGAGUCAUACCUCUCCAGAGCUCUUUUAGAAUUACUGUUUUCUCUUUCUCUAGCUGGUAGCAAUGGCCCUUUCCUAUGUGGCAAGCAAACUACCUUUGAAGGUGGCAUGAGAGAGCCAGCAAUUGCCUGGUGGCCAGGACAUGUACCUGCUGGGCAGGUGAGAGUCUGCAGUUAUUUAAUGACUUUGUUACAGUCUGUUCUGAAGGUGUCUCUUUCUUUUUAAUGAAUUCUAGUGGGCUUUUAGUCAGAGAGACCUGUUCUCAUCUUGCAGAAGAGCCUUCCAGGCACGGCAGUAAGAUCUGGUGUUGCAGCACUAUGGAGUGAGCAACUUGCUCCAACAAGGCUAAAGGUAGACGGGGGCCUUUUGAGCUCUUGCCUCCAGUCUUGCUCUCCCUGGUUGCACCCCCUUUGUGAGAACUGCAAUCCUCUGGCCUGUAGAUGGGCAUUCUCCUGCAGUGUGUGGCCUCCUGCUUUGUGUGCUUCUUGCACCCUUUUGAAUCCAUGGAGGGUUGCUGCCAGGCAGUGCAGACAACACUGAGCCAGAUGAACCAAUGGUCUGAGUCAGUAUAAGGCAGUUUUGUAUGUUCCUAGGCAGCUAGAAUAAUCAUCAGGGUAACUCAGUUGAUCUUCCACCACCCUUAUAGUUAGAAUGACCUUUCUCCAAACCUGCCUAGACAUUUUUAGUGUUUCAAUAUGUUUUCCCCCUUGUAUCUCUAGAAGGUUAGAACAAACAACUUCAGUUCUUCCUAACAGAUUGUAGGAAGGCAAAGCAAAAUGUUGGAACACCAAUCAUGAUAAUCUGCUGUUGGAGCAAAGUUACCUAAUUUUAUAUUUAGCCUUCUAUAAAGCAAAUAACAAUACAGUAGUAAUAUUUAACAUUAGUCCAGGAGUUCAAAGCACUUCACAUGCAUUACUUCAGAUGCAUAAUCCUUAUAGUAACCCUACAUAGGAAGUCUCUUUUAUUAUCCCCCAUAUUGGAGGGGUAAGGGGUGGGGAGACUGGGAGGACUAAAGCUGUACGGCAGUGGCUUACCUAUGGCACUAUGAACUGCCUUUGUAAAGUACAGUUGCUGGUACCCACCCAGGCCAUUGCCAUGAGAGCUAUGCACCUAAACAUCCCUAAUUGUCUUCCAGAUUGCUGGCUCGUUUCCAUAGGGCCAACACUGUUACCUGUAACAAGUGCAUGCACAAUAUUCAGGGCACAUGUUUAAAGUGGAGUAUGUGUGCUCACUCCUCCUCCCUAGCUUGACUUAGCUUUAAUUGUGAGCCCUUUGGAACAGAAUCCUUCUGUAUCUGCACAGUGAUGGGUUUAUAACUGAUAUACUAAAUUAGCAGAUCUCAUGUUAGGGAAGCAGCCCUCGCAUGUUGUCCUAAAGCAUCCAAGAAGUAGGCAAAAGUGGGUUGUGAUUUUUUAGGUGACUGUUGCACUGAGGGAGGUCUGUGUACUAGGAUGUGGCUGUUUCUCUGCUUAAAUGUGAAGUGAUUCUGAGCUCUACGGUAACCAGCAGGUAGCUCUCCUCAGGGGGCAAAAAUGGUGUGUGCAAGAAACCAUCUUGGUGCUCAUUAAUGAUCAAACAAUCAAAGCCUGCAGGAAACAGGUUUCUAAGUAAAUAAUGGGCGUUUUCUUUCUUUUGUGGAUAUCUUCAUUCCAAAGAGAGAGAGAGAGAGAGAGCUAUUCAGAAACUGGACUUUUAUGAAUCCUUUGUGCUCUUGGACGAAGAAAACUUUUAGUUUCUAAUCUACAUCUCCUUUCAAGGCUUUUUAAUUAAAUUGAGAAGAAGGCACUGUAUGAAUGACACAUUGGCCCAGCUUGCACAAAACGCUAAACCACACACCAUGGCUUAGUGGGUAUGAGCAAUUGUGCAUGUUCCCAGAGUGAAGAUCUUGGCUGCUACAUUCCUCCCUUGGUCCUGUUGCUGCUGUGCUGCCUGGGACUACAUUAUGGUUUAGCUUAGUUUUAAGUCUGAAUGCUGGCUUGUCCCCCUGACAAACCACAAGUGGUAAACCAAUAGCAAACAUUGGCCACACCUUGUGGUUCGGAGUGAGACAAACGAUGAGCCCAGGUUCAACCAUAACAUGCUCUUCCCUGCGAUCAUCAUGUUUGCUUGUUUGCAUUAAGUCAUGGUUUGGCUCAAUGUUAACAUGUGCACCAUGUCAUUGACUGACUGGGAAGGAUGCUUCCAGAUAUCUUAAACCCAGUGAAUGAAGUGGAAAGAUGAUUUCAGGUUUGUCACUGUUAAUGGGUAUUGCACACAAUAAUAGGUCGUCCUCUUUAAAAUGUUGAACAUAGCACUUUUGAUCUCUAUUCAGAGGUGUUUGUGUAGGUGAACUCUUUGCAAGCAAAGGUCAGUGGUCUCUGAAUGUUGCACACAACAUACUUCUGAUCCUCAGCCAGCAGGCCCCGUCUGAGCCCCUCUACCAUCCCUUGGUGCCUCCUACCCACCAUCCUAUAAGGACUCUCCUGGGCUGUUGGCUUCCUUUUUUGGGAUUGCACACCUUUAGAGAUAAAGCCUCUGUUCCAUGUGCCAGCAUGAGAAUGUGGUGGCAGCUCUUAUUUUAUAGAGAAAUACAGCACAAUAUAUGUUAAUUGCUGUUUCCGCCUUACUUUCAAGACCUCUUAUGCUCUGAAGCCCCAUAGUCUCCCUGCUGCAGGUGAGAAGUAAAGAGCUGCUUUUUGUUUCUACCUGUCUGCUCUGGCAUCAUGUUCUGCUGAUCUGCAUGGUGCUUUUUCUGCUUUUCUAGUUCUUUCUUCAUUCUUUCUCUUUUCAAGGUUUGUUGCCUGACCUCUUCUAUCUGCUCCCCCUCCAAAAAAAUGAUUUCAGUGGGACAUAUUUACAGAUUUUCAUUGCAUAUCUGCAUUGCUUAAUUCACUGCUUACUUUACUGUGUUGCCUAAUUGAAGCUGAAGUAGCUCACAGCCUAUCUUUAUAAUCAAUGCCAGAAAUAUCUCUAGGACAUCCGUAGGUAACACCUCAUGCAUCAUGAAGUGGACUGCAGCCCAUGAAAGCUUAAUGCCAGAAAAGAAUUGUUAGAUGUUUCAGGUGUUACAAGACCCUUUGUUGUUUUUGCUGCAGGAGACGUAAGGCAGCUACUCCUCUGGAAAUCUAGGAAUCAAUACAAGCAUGAGUGGAAGUUGUUUACGUGGCUGGAGUUUCCUCUUUUUGAAGAGAGGGCAAAAGCUCCUUCCCAGAGGAAUGUAUUGCAACAGAAAAAAUCCUCAGUUAACCCUGUAUUCCGCCAUUGUUGUAUUACAGAAGCUGAUCUGUUUUUGUUUCUUUUGGCUGUCUUUAAUUUGAUACUGAGCUACCCACCUACAUGGCAGUUUACAAAGAAUGAGGAGAGAACAGGCACCUGUUCCUAAGGACUGUCAACAGCCUUUGCCAACCUUGUGCCCUCCAUAUGAUUUGGACCAUGGCUUCCAUCAGCCCUUGCCAUGUUGGAUGGAGCUCAUGGGAGUUGUAAUCCAAAAUAACUGAAGGGAACCACGCUGGCAAAGGGUGACAUAUUGAAUUGGAAUACAAAAAAGGGAGGCGCGAGGAGGUCCGGGAAACAAGCCAAUGAAAGAUAAGUAAUGGAAAGAUUGAGUUGUUUUUAACUACUUUUAUUUUGUAUUUUUUCUUUUUCCUUUUUUCAUUUUGUAAUAUUUUGAAAAUUUUAAUAAAUAUCUUAAAAAAAAACAAAAACAAAGGGUGACAUACAGUAUUGAAAUUGACACAAAAACGGCAAUAGAAAAAGAGGAAAUGGGGCUGUGUCAAAGGCUUCAUAGGAAAUGCUACAUUCCAACAUCAUUUUAGGUACACUUAGUCCCCAGAGACCAGUGGCUUUAAAUACUCCUGUCUCUGUCUUGGAUUGCAGCCUUUGACAUGAACUCUUUUUUGCCCAAAUGAAUGGUUUGUGAGCAGAUAUUUUUUGUUACAUGACGAACUCUGAUAUUAACAGACAAACAAGCCUGCCUCCUCUCCAGCUGUGGAGCUUUAUAAACCAUUUUUAAACAACAGCAGCAGCAGAAGCAGCAGCACAUGUGUCUGUUAAAGAUGGAGCUGUGUGUUCAUUGUACCGAAGGAAGCCCAAUUGAUAUAUGCCUUUUAAAUUAUGUACUGUGUGAUGCAGACUGCAAAUCUGGAUAUAUUUAUAUUUGCAGGAUUUGGAAUAUUCUGGCAACUACUAGCACAUUGAAAAACAAUAGAAGAGGGGGUAAAUAGCUUGGGUAUGAAAAGGCAUUAGCUGCCCUGCCAUGUGAGAACUAUCGUAAUCUUGUCUCAAGAUGGCAUUUUUAAGCUUUCUACAGACAUUCCUCAUUAUACUCUCAAACAUGAGGGCUAGAAACUGCUUCAAAUGAAAGCAGAAGUUCUCAGAAGGUCAAUAUGCAUGUCAAGAUUCUUGAGUGUGCAAACAGAGUGGACAUGGGGAAUGUACUAAGUAUACAUACAUUAGUCAAACUGAAGAAAGUGUGUUAAAUAUAAGAAUAAAGGAACAUGAUACAGCAGAACUGGAAUGAGAGAAUAGUGGGUGAUUUGGGGGUUUUUUGGGUUAGUUCUGGAGGAGAGUUUUCUGAACCAGAAGCGUCCUCCUUACUAAGUUUUCAUAGUGUCAGUUUUCAUAGGUUUUUUUGCCCAUACUGUUUUAGGUUGUAGAACAUAAACAAGCACUCUUUCUGGAUUUCUUGCUCUCCCCACUACCCAAAAGUCUUGGCUGAAUUUUCCAGGUGGAUUCAUAACCAGCGAAAACAAACUUUAAACAUUUUCCCAUGCUGCCUCUGCCUUCUAGAAGCAUUCUGCUGGCAGGAAUCUGUAUUCUGCUGUUCUUUGAAUCCUCUGUUUGCUCUGUGCCCCCUCCUUUCCUUUCCUUUCCUUUCUCUUCCCCUCCCACCACCGCCACAGCUCUUCCCCCCCUCCCCGCGCGCUCCCCUCUUCCCACCUCCCCGGUUCUGCUCCCUGAAGGAGAAAAGAACAUAUCAACCCAAAGACAGCAGUGCAACCUUUUCUUCACUAUCUCCCACAGGGCACAAAUUGAAAUUGAAUUAGACAGGGAUAUCAGGUCUGCUUGCUGUGAUAAAUGUAAAAGGAUUUUAUUUAAAAACACCCUGACAUUUGUUCACCCAGUUUCAAAUAUUUAGCUUUCCCCCUUUCCAUUCCUGGCGGGGGCAACUUUAUUAAUUGUCGCCUUUGAUUCAGAGUUAGAGCUUGAAAGCACUGAUAACGCUGGCGCUGGCUAUUUCUUCUCGCAAUGUGGCCCAGAGCAAAAAGGAUUUCAUUUUCUUAAAGACAUUCUGUGUAUGCCGAGAGUUUAUAAAUAUAUAUAUAUAUAUAUAUAUAUAUAUAACAUUUUUUAUUUAAAAAAACACAACCUCUUCUUUACUUGCGGAAUACCGGCUGUUCCUUGCUGAUACUGGAAAUAUCUGAUCUUGCUCCUCUGUUUUUCAUUAUUUAUUUUUCACUGGGCUGUUACUCUCUAGAAUAUCCUUCCUCCCCCCCCCCAUUUGUUACAGGAAUUGCAAGCAAAAUGAAAGCGUGCUGUCAACGCAAGAAAAUACUAAAUCCCCCCCAACCUUAUUUCUCCUCUGAAAAUACUUCAAAGUUUAUAUAAAAAUCGUAACCUCCUCCCUGCCCCACUUCCCUCCCCUCCGGUUCUUCUCUUUAAUGUGGUGCUACAGAUAAAACCAAGUGGCUGUAACACUGACGUUUAAUUUCUUUUAAGAAGUUUUCUCCCCCUUUACGCAGAGAGAACAGCGUGCAAGACCACGGAUGUAAUUGGCCAUUUAAAGUGAGCUGCCUGCACUCCGGGCUCUGUUUAAUAGCGAGGGGCAGGUACAAGGAAGUCGCUGGCAGCUCCCUACUGGCCAGUCUAUUGAUUCAGGACAGAAAUCAAAGGCUCUUUGAGUUUACCCACAAUGUUCUGUUAAAAAAGUGACCUUAAACCAUUCACCUCUUCCCCCUGCCGCUGCCCUUCCAGCCCAAACGCAGCUUGGAGAAUUUACAGCAUCAUGUGGUCCACAGGAGCCCAGCUUGGAGAAAUGCUGCUCCUGUUGGGCUCAGCAGCUGCUUCCAAAAGCCUUCGACCUUGAUAGCUGCUCUGAAAGGGUCUUUUUAAAUUUAUUUUUUGAAAUAUAUAACUGCAAACAUGAACCCAUAAAAACAAUAUGCAGGUUCCAACUACUACCAUAUUGUACAGAAGUAUCCUUUUCUCAUCGCCCUGAAAAGCCCCACCACCAUACUACACUUCAUCACUUACCUGAAUUAUUUUAAACUUAUAUAUCAUCUCAAUCAUGAGAAUGUGUCCAAAAAUUCCAAAUCGCAUGCUGCUCUGAAACUGGUGUGUGUGCGACUUUACUGCUUCCGCAGCUUCCUUUAGGUAUCUUAGCAAACCUCUGCUGGGAGGCCUGGGACCAGGCUUGUUUGGGUCUAAGAGUUCAAAGAACAAGUAUAGAGGACAAGAGGUGGGAUGAUUAGACUCCCUCCCUCAAAGACGCUUGGGCCACGUAGCUUGCUACUUGGUUUAUUAUUAUUAUUAUUAUUAUUAUUAUUAUUAUACUGCCCUAUACCCAGAAGUCUCAGGGUGGUUCACAGAAUAAAAUUUUAGCCGUAAAACAAAAUUUUAGCUGUAAAAAUGAAAUAAUGCUGGGACAUGGCUGUAGAUUAGAAUACAUGUAUUGCAUGCAGAAGGCUCUGGGUUCAAUUCCUGGCAUCUCCAUGUAGGAUGGGGAAACAGACCCAUCUGAAAUCCCAGAAGGCUGUUGUCAGUCACUGUUGAAUCUGAUAAAAGGCAGCUUCCGCUGAUCCUAUUUUAAUAAUUCCUUCCUUCAGAAUCAUGAGGAUUCUUAGUUUCCCUCCAGGGAAGGGCCAUUGCUGAAUUUUAGAGCACAUACUUUGCAUGCAAAAAGAUUCCAGGCUGCUUCCUCAAUACCUCUAGGUAGAGACUGGAAAGACCCUGUUUGAAACCCUGGUAAGCUGCUUCCAGUGUAGGUGAUAACUGAGAAAAAGCUUCCUAAACACAAGCUUUUUACCCAACUGCCUGGAGUAGAAUCCAGAAUUGAACCCUGAACUGCAUAUCUUGGAAGGUGAUGAGACUAUUCUUAAGACCUCAUCAUUGGAAGCAGAAGCUCCCUCAACUCAGGGUCUGCUAGCUUUGAUUGUUUUGCAAAUUCUCUUGUCUUGUCAAUAACAGGUGAGUCAUCAGCUGGCAAGCGUGAUGGAUCUCUUCACCACCAGCCUCGCAUUGGCAGGACUGCAGCCUCCCAGUGACAGACAGAUCGACGGAAUCGACCUUUCGCCUGUCAUCCUGCAAGGCAAGUUAAUUGACAGGUGAGUUAUGAACAUCACACUCGCGGCUUUCCAUCCCUUGACUCCUCCAAUUACUGGUGUGGAGCAGAAAAAGUUGGAUAUUUUUAGAGCCUCUUAUUUUUAGAAUGGGUCAGGUAUUUUGGCUGCUGGAUUGGGUGUUUUAAAGUAAUGCUAUUGUACUGACUCUAGCUCCCUGGCAGAGCACAUAUUGCAUGUAGAAAGUCCUAGGUUCAAUCUUCAGCAUCUCCUAGUAGGACUGAGAGAACUGUCUAAAACCCUGGAGAGCCACUGCCGGUCAGCGUGGUAUACAGUACUGAGUUUGAUGGACCAGUGCUCUGAUUUAUUAUAAUUGAUUAAUUAAUUAAUUAAUUUUUCUAUACUGCCCUUCAUCCAAAGAUCACAGGGCAAUUUACAGUGAUUUUGACUGAUAUAAGGCAGCUUCACAUAUACACCCAUAAUACAAUGUCGAUUAUAUUUGUCCUCUCUAAUUAGGAACAAAUGUUCAUCUACAAGUAAUAAGAAAUACUGGAUAGAGAGAGUCAGUGGCAGGACAUGAGGUGAAGGGCAAAAACUAUACCAGAUCCUUCUGCUAUUUUCUAGAAAUCAUCCUGAAAAUGUGAAUUAAUGCAGACCUCCCCACUGAAUUUUCUUCAUUGCUAAUAGACUGCGUACUGGUCCAGUAUGAACCUCCUUUAAAAUAACAGCUGAUCCACAUUGUGUGCGCUGAAAAUAUCUGGGUGGGGGAAUUUUCUCUUACAUCUUUUGCAUGCAAGCAUAACACAGAUAGUGUUUAAAAAUCCCUUUCCUCUACAUUUUUGUCACCCGCCCUAAUGUAGUUUCAAGGUGGUGUAGGGCGCAGGAUGUCCCUCAGAUGGCAGAUAUCAAGAUAAUUAUUUGUCCGUUCUGUUCAAAAUUCCCCUUUCUGUGACUGGUUUGCCAGUGUUCACAGCACACUUGUACAGUCUGGCUUUCCAGGGCCGUACUCUGAAGACAUUGGCUUCCUGUACCCUUUGCAGCUCCCAUCACACAGGUGCCCCCUCUUUUGGAGUAUUUUAAGCCAUCAGGCUCUGUGUGUGAAAUUACAUAGUCUGGUAGUUCAAGGAUUAACAAUUGCCAGCAAGAUGACUUGCAUAACAUUUCAUUCUUGCUUACGCAAACUCAGACUCUCGCCUUGAUGGACGCUUUAAAAAAUGCUAAUUGAAAACCUUGCGGUGGAGGCUAUUAGAAGGCAACCUGCUCCUGAGUGAUAGCUGAGUUGCCAGCCAGGCUCCAUUAAAGUGUUUGUCUCCCUUAUCUGUGUGGCUGCCAAAAGCGAGGGAAGCCGCUUGUUUGGACACGUUACAUUUCUCAUGCGGCUGUACAUCUCUCUUGUUGUCCUUCCCUCUCUCCAUCAGGCCAAUAUUUUAUUACCGUGGCAACGAGAUGAUGGCAAUACGAGUUGGGCCUUAUAAGGCCCAUUACUGGACCUGGAGCAAUUCCUGGGAGCAAUUCAGCCAGGUAAUUGAAUAUCCUCCCUCCCUCCUUCCCUCCUGCAUGCUUGUCUUCCUCCUCCCAUGGAAAUACACCCGUCAGUCCCAGAAGAGAAACUCAGAUCAUCAAAAUGUCAACUUUUGCUCCAUCUUCAUUUUUGUUUAAUGCAAGCCAUGGUUUUGGGGAUAUGUUAAGGGGGUACAGAUCGGGCUAGCCCACCUUCCACAGUGGUGCUCAGGAGGCCAUCGCCUGUGCAUGUGCCUGCUGCUCUUUGUGACUGUCUCUGUCUAGUCCUGGCUGCUGUCAUGUUCCUUCUGGUAGAGCAUAUGCCGGCACAGCAUCCUUCGGAAGCACAGCAGGUGGAGCUGGGCACCAGCAGCCUCUGGGAGCAUCAGAGGAAAGUGCUGGGCAGCAUCAAGGAGAGGGUAAAGGAAGAACCAGAGGCUUGGAGGGGAUUUGGAGAGGCAUGGUGUGCCCUGUUAAGAAACAGCAUGUAAAGUGUAACUAUGUAAAAUGAUAAUAACCAUAAUCUCAGAAAUUGCCGCCGCCACUCUUGUCAGAACCACCAAUAGCCACAGCAGCAUAAAUCUGCCUCACUUUGAAGGGUAUAAUCAGCCUGCCAGACUUUUGGCAUUGCCAGUUGUCAAAUGCCCCAGAGUUUAGACUUUAGUUAAGAGCGAGAGAGAAUAAUUUUGAGCAGAAGAAAUAUUGCAGGCAGCAGCUUUGAUCGUGCAGUGCGGAGGAGUGGAUCAUCUUUCAAUGGAUGAAUAAAAUGUAGCUUGCUUCCAAUUCUGUGCUCUGCUGCACAGAGGCAGCUGGUCAGGGUGCUGAGCUUCUUGUGCUGGCAUAAGGAGACCCUCCCCUCCUGCCUCCACCGUUAGAUGUUGCCAGGCUUCCCAGACCCCAGUGGAUGUUUGCUACUGACACCCUUCUGAUCACCAGCACAUUGUCAUUCAACCACCACAGAAAUAAGUUCUUUUGAAACCUGCUUACGCCUUGCCCAGCACCCGAUUCCAGGGGUCCUAGUAUCCAACGCACCAAAAGAAGUGGGAUGAGGCCAAGGACCAAGCCCUGUCUUGCUCUGAUGGGCCACAAAUACACACCAUAAAUUAUAGAACGCCCUUCAAAAAUGCAUCAAACUCUAGGGCAAUCUGAUCUCUGCUGCUUCUCACGAAGUGGCUUUGUUCUCCGCUCUCUCUUUCUCUCCAUUGGCUGCUCUCCUCUUUUUAGCUGCACCUUUCCUUUCCUCCAUCCCGUUUACAUUUACCAAAGCAGUGCUCAAGGUGGCUGGCAGCAUUAAAACUACAAUAAAAGAAUCAAGAAGUAAACAUGUAAAUAAAAUUAAAUGCAAAAAAACAGAAGCAACAUAAUAGUUAAUCAGCUUCAAAUACCAAAAUGAAUGAAAAGCCCUCCUGAACCAAAUUGGUUCACCUGCUAGAAGGGGGGACAAAGGAAACUCCUAUGAGAGAGAGAAUGGGGGUAGCUGCAGGAAAGGUUCCCAUAUCCACUCUCUCAUCCAGUUUCCAUCUGGUCACAGCCUUCCUCCAGCUGCACUUGCCAAGCUGCUCUGGCAAUGGUGAUGGUGCAUUGAUGAAGCUUAGCAUUGGUGCCAAUCCUGCUAGUAUUUUUAAUUCUUAGAUUUCUGUUUCUCUCCUUCAUGUCCUCUCAGGUUCUUCUUACCUAGCUUUCUUGAGAGAAUAGGCCUUUUGUGAUGGUGGGAGGACCGUUGCAUUUGGAAGCAGGAGAGGGCAGCAACCCACCCCGCCGCCAUAUUUUAUGCAAAGAUGAGAACUCGGAUAAGUUUAAUUGUUUUUAUGCUGUGUUUUAAGUAUCUAGCACACAAACUGAUGUUGAGAAGCAUUUAUUUUUGACCUGAGCCUCUUGCUACAUGUCUGCCUUUCUGUGUGUGCUUAGCUGAGAUAAUGGGGACCAGUUACUCAUUCCCAAGGUUAUCCUCCUGUGAGCAGUGGCAGGCGUGCAAUUAAGGAAUGUUUAUUCCUUUCUAAGUCUUUGUUUAACUGCUAGUUGAUAAAAGUCAGCAAUUAUACUGUACAUCAGAGAGAUGAUUAAAAAUUCAUUUGCUUUCCUGCCGCUCAUGUCGUCUGUGGUUGAUGUGGGUAAAAUUGGAGCACAGAAUUAGUGGACAGAACAGCCAUUAACAACGCUCAGAGAGAGAGCUGGGGUUGAAAUUUGUUCAAAUUCUUCUUCUCAUGCUCAGACAUUAAUUACAACCCAAGCCAGCUUAAUAAUAAUAAUAAUAAUAAUAAUAAUAAUAAUAAUAAUAAUGUUAUGCUUUCGAUUUGCAGAUACUUGAAAUGCUCCCAAGGUGAAAUUGUUGUACAAUCUUUGUUUCACUGCCUUCAGAUUCCGUAUCAAUAUUGUUGAUAUUGGGUGUUAGGAGUUACAAAAGCUGAUUUCUUUGCAAAAUUGGGUGUUAGGAAUUACAGAUGUUGGUUUCAUUGCAAAAAUGUGAGUCCUCAUGCAUAAAUUGUAAGUGACUCCGGAAUUCCAGCCAUGAGCUGAUCCCGCAUUGCACUGGAUCCACUGGAGCUUGUCAUGGGCAAUUGUUGGGUCUCCUCAGUGACUCAUAAUCAGCCAUUUGAUUCAGAUGCCUGGCUGUGCUUGGCCCAAGGGAAUGCAGUAUUGUCAUUAGCUUCCUUAGAGCCAGAACUGCAUCCCCAAAGCUUUCACUUGCAAAGCUGUGAAUUCAAAGCUGUGACGACAAAAAGAGUGCACCUCUUGGGGUUGUAGUGGAGUUCAACCUAUCUAAACAGUCAUCACAAGCCAGUUUGUUUAUUUUUAGGUCUUUUAAGGCAGGGACAGUGGCUGUCUGUUCUUGGCUCUCUUUCCUCCAGCCCGUGAUGAAUGAAUAAGUUUCAUGAAGGUUCCACAUUCUGUGGUAAUAGCAAUGGUGGAUAAAGUUCACAAGACCCAGGUCCCUUUCCAUGUCUGUGAGCAUUUUCCUCUACAUUACAGAUUCAUAAGUGCUCCAUUCAAUACGAGCUUUCAUUCUGGAUGGGGAUCCUGGUCCAUGGUUUGCCCCUCUUUGCUCAUCUUGGCUCAUCAGCUAAGGUGCUCCAUUUUUGCAAAUCAUGCUGGCUACUCUUAUUUGCUCUGGAAAUCAAGUCUUGUUUGAAUUCCUUAACUUCUGGUAUUUGCAGUUCUAAGAUCCAAUAACCUCAGUGUCCCAAACACAGACAACAUUUGCUCCUUAAACUUUGAUGGUGCUUAGUCCAUCCUAGCUGGUCACCCUCACCUGCAUCAUCACACCAAAUGGACUAUAUUACUGGGUAUAUAAUAGAGGAGGGGAAAAUAUGACUUGUCUCUCUCACAUACACUACCUAGUCUUGCCCUAGGCUGGUGUUCUCCAAGUUGAGUUUUCCCCUUCCUUGUCAUGAUCUGUUUUCUAGCUAGAACACCUUGGCAUUUUUCUCUGACUUUAAUUAUGAAUAUAAAUGUUAUUUAGUGAGCACCUGUUUUCCUUAAAGUGCCAAAAGAAGAAAUAUAAACCCACUCCACAGGAAAUCCGCAUGACUAAAGAAAACCUGGCUGUGUCGCUUUGCAGCUGUAAGUUGUGCGGGUGGGUUGCAUUAGGAAUAUUUACUUAGCUGCCAGCCAGAGGCUGUAAAAAAGCCGUUUGUGAUUUACAAGUAGUUCUUGUCUAUGUAGUUUCAAAUUGUCAGAACACUUGGAAACUGAUGAAUGGGUUUGUGCUGAGUAAAAGGAAAGUUUAGUGUAGGGAGGGAGAUGCUAGUAAAUAACAAAGAAAUUUGUGGUAUUUUUGGAGACACAUUUAUUUUCUGGGCCAGUACAGUAGAUAACUCUUUUAAGCCUAUGCAGGCAAACCAAAGAACCUUGGGCUGCACUGGCAAAUCCAUUUGAGAUACCACAGGAACAGCAAGCUCUUGGCAAGUAUUUGGAAGGAUGAAAGGCCUGUGACUUCGCUUACCCUUUUGCUCUAGAAGUGUCAGGACCCCGCCCUUGAAUGCACCUGUUCCUCUUGGAAAGAGGCUCAGCUGAUUUGUUGACAGCACUUCCCCGUGACAAAUAUGUUUGGCCACAUGGAGACAUGCAUCACUGUUAUGCACAGACAAGCACUCUGUGCAGGAAUUGGUUGAGUCUGAAGCAGACUUGCACAGAUUCUGUGGGCCAGAGGGGAGGUCCUACAUCCUUUAGGAUGCAGCAGUAUUGGGUGGAAGUCCCUACCUUCUUCUCCACCUUCUCUAUAGUCUUGUCUCGUUCUCAAGAAGAGGAGGGCAGGGUCUCCACACCACCACCGCCUUGGACUAUUAAAAUGCUGUCUGUUACUUUGGGAUCUCAAGGCUUGUUGGUUACAUUUCUAUCCCACAUUUCCUUCAAGCAGCUCAAGGUGGUGUACUUGGCUGUCUCCCAUCUUACUUUCCCAACAGCCCUGUGAGGUAGGUUAGGCUGAGAGUGAGUGACUAGUCCCUGGUCACCCAGUGAGCUUCAUAGCUGAAUGAGGAUUAAAAUCCAGAUCUCCCUGGUCCUCAUCUCACAUACUGCUUCUCCACUCUCAUUCUUUUGCCCCUUGUGCUUUCCUCGUAGCAAGACAUGAAGGCAGAAGUCUCCUCUCUGCUUGCCUUCCACAAAGCAUUUUUUUCUGUCCCCGCUACAGCCCUGGUUGCAGUCCCUGAAAGAAGAUGUAUUUUUCAUAGCCCCUGGGUGGAUUGCAUAUUAGCCGAUAGCUUCAGCUUCUUCCUGGUGCUGUCAGCUUCGUAUCUUGUUAGCUUUCAAUGAUUUUUUUAUCAUAAAGGCCACUGUGUAUUUUUAAAAGGUUUUGUGUCCAUGUUUAUACGAAGACCCCUAUUGUUUUAAUAUAAAAUGCCAAAGGGUUUUUUUCAUGCUGCAAUCUUCUCUGAUUGCCCUUCUCAUCUGACGUGAAGCAAUCGAUAGCACCUUUUCUGCGAGGGGGGGGGAGGGUGUGUGGUGUGAAGUCAAGUAGAACCUCACAAAUAAUGACAUUUGAUUGUGGUCCUCUGAGCAUGUGGGUUAGCCAUCGAUCGCUUCUGCUUGAGAGCCGAUGGAGACUUUCUGAUUUGCACCCCCCGCCCCCGGUCCCUUCCAGACAGUUAACAUGUGAAAAGCGAUUUUUGUUCAGCAGGGCUGAAGCAACAGCUGCUGAGAAGAAGUCAUAGUAAUAGCAUUUUCAAAGGAGGGGUCUAGGUGGUGAUUCACUCUGCAUCCUAAUUCUAGAGACUUUUGCCUGGAAUCCUCUGGGUCGGUGGAAAUAGCCUGUCUUCCCACAGGACGGCUGGAGCUUGAAGGGCCAAGAGUGUGGUUGUGCUGAGGAUUCCUGGCUCAAUCAGCUUCCUCAUUCAUAACUUCAUUUCCUAGUACGUAGCUCUUUUCCCCGUUCCUCCUGUGCUGUGUCCAUUGGAAUGAGGAAGCCUCGGCAAGAGGACAGAGACGCUCCUUGUGUCAGCCAGGCGGAUAUCGCAGUUGCUCAUCAGGCCAGAAUGAUCUGGGAUCGUGCCCAGGUGAUGGAUUGCCAAAGGCCGUUUGUUAACACACGUACGCACACGUUGGUGGUUCCACUGCUUGGCUGGGAGCCAACUGGCAACCGCCUGCUGUUUUGCCUCAUGUUUAUAUCGACUGAGCAUCUGUGGCCCAUUUGCUUGGGAAAUUGAUGCACUGGCAGGGCAGCCAUAGAGCACUGUGACCAAGGUCGUCUCUCUCUCUCUCUCUCUCUCUCUCUGUGUGUGUGUGUGUGAGAGAGAGAGAGAGAGAGAGAGAGAGAGAGAGAGAGAGAGAAAAGAAGAAGAAGAAGAAGAAGAAGAAGAAGAAGAAGAAGAAAGAGGAGGGGGAGGAAGAGGAAGGAAGAAAAUUUUGGGGAAAUAGGGCAGGUGGCAGAAGGGACACACAUCUGAUCUUCCACAAAAGCUAGGGUGGAGAUGAGAGGGCAACAGAGACGACUUGGUGCUUCUUUAAAUACUUAAGAGAUUCAAACUGUUCUGUCGUAGACUUGGGGAUGUGUGCUAUGGCAAAGUCUGCGUAGAAAAAUCAGUAGGUAAUCAAAAAUAAAAAAUGUAGUUAGGUUUUUAACAAUCUCUGGAAGGAAAAAUCAGCUGUGGUUUUUUUGGCCUUACUGUAGGGAGGGAAAUCAGAAUGGGGACUUCUGCCCAUGUUUUUGAAGGCAAGUUCCCCUUCUGGAUCCCUCCCAGAAGCCACUUCAGAUCCUUCUCAGAGAAGACUGGUUGGCCCAAUCCUCACUGUUUCAUCUGGCUUUAGUUUUCAAAACAAGAUGGCUUUUGUGCUUUAGUGUGUGUAUACACAAGAAACUGAGUAUCCUUCUUAAUCUGGAGUAACAUCCGCUUCCACCUUCUUUUGUUUUUAUAGUGACUAAAGCAAGUUAGAUUCCCCAUGGCUGCCACCAAUGCAGAACAUGCCAUGGAAAACAUGGGGAACAGCAACCCUUGGGCCACACAAGCUUCAGAAGCCACAGGGUGGCCAGAAGGGUUGGAGCAGACUGCAGAGGAAGCACGCUGGGGGAGCCCCUGCUUCCUCUGUGGUUGUUCCUUUUGAUUCCUGCAAUGGAGGGGGUUGGACUAGAUGAUCCUUGGGGUCCCUUCCAACUCUGUGAUUCUAUGAAAAGGAAGUGGCAGCAGUCACAGGGGACACAGCUGGCACAAGAGAACUGCCUGCUGGUCCGAGCUGGGGGUCUGCCCUAAUAUUGGGAAUGAAAGCCAAACACAAGCUGAGUGCUGGUGCAGCAGUUGCAAACCACCAUUCUGUUCCUUGGGUGGCUGCACUCACAGCUCACAUCUGGAGGUAGUGGGCCUGCACAUGGUUGCGUGGAAAUAUAUUUCAGCCCCCAAUCAGCUGAGUGCGUUAAUGCUAAGGCUGUCUUAACAUGAGAAGCCAAGGGUGCUCUGUAAACAGAGCAGCGUGGAAGCAAAUACCCAGAGAAUAAAUUCUUACCUCAAACGAAAACAUUUGCACUAGAGGAGCGCAGUACUAAUUACCAGGCUCUUAAUUAAAUAGCCUUUUUGAUUUGCAUCCAAAUUACAACUUGUAUGUUACGUCUUGGCUUUGAUUAGCUGUUGUCACCGUCUUCUUCUUCUUAAAAUAGUAUUGAAAUGCUCCACUUUACGCAAAUGCAAACCCUGCUUGGUCUCGGAGGUCUCCAGCACCAGGAGGUGAAAAGGUCAAUCACCUCCGUAUCCAUUUAAAAUCCAUUAUGGCCUGCCUGCUGCAGCUUAUCAAGCAACUCUCUCUCUCUUUAUUUUUCUAGCCACUGAUUCAGGAAUCUAUAGCUCUGUGCAGGUAAAUGGGAUUUCAUGGGCUUCUAACCUUUCUUACUUUAUUGAAAAGCAGAAUAUUAACUGCUCCACUGACCAGCCUGUCCAUUAAAGACACACAGGAUAUUUUUAGAAAAUUGUUUGCCGAUCAAAUCCCCUCCAACGUCUGUGGAGAGCCUUUCAGCUUAGUGUUCGUUCUAUGUGCAAACAGUACAGCUGUGCCGCUGCCCCUCCCGUCCUCCCUUUAAAUGGGUUUUGCCAUGCUGGCCUCUGUAUUAUGUAAGUGCUUUUCACAAGGAGGGUGACUUCAAGGAACCUGGACAGGCUAGAAGCCUCAUGGAAGGGGACAGAGGAAAGCCCUAGAUUGACCAGAUGCCAAUGAGAUGCCGUGACCAUUGGCGACCUUAUAGGAGGCAUAGAAUAGAGGGGUGUUCUUCAAAGGGAUGCUGUCAUCUUGCAGUCCCCAGCCAAGAAGACCAGGGCCUGGUCCACACGUGCAGGAGACUGAGAGCAGAGAGUGCCAUAUCAGGCUGUGGGUGGAAGCUCCUGUCUGCAAAUGGGCAGGGUCACAGCUCAGCGGCAGAACACCUGCUCUGCAUGCAGAAAGUCCUGGAAAAUAAGAGAGCGUUAGGAAAAGGUUUUUGCCUCUUUUCUCUUCCUGCUGCACUCGUAUUCUAUUUGCUUAGUUUGGGGGUUUUAUUUUGUCUUGUGCCUAGGGGAGCAUUCAAAAAUGCAAUUCUCUGCCUGUCCUCUAAAUGGGUCCAGUCCAUUCUGCCAUCUUGGUCCCAAUUUCUCCUCUUGCUGCAUGCAGACCCAUUCUUGGUUUCUUGGCCUGCCAGUUGCCCACCUAUGAUCUUUUUUUUAGCUUUUGCCACAUGGUUGGUGGAAAAGCAAGGCAGUUCCAGGGCAGCCUCUUCGUCUUUUCUCCUCCCGGCCCCAAGCUUCUCCUUCUGAUUCUCCUUCCUUCCCCGGUUACCUAAAACAUCAGUUUCAGGCAACUAGUGGUGGGGCAGUGUAGAUGUAUGGGAGGCUGUUUCUAGGUGACCAUGUGUUUUAUCUUCCUGCUUCUAGGCUCUCCUGAAUGAGGGGAGCUUUUGCAUCUGCAGCUCCCCCCCCCCAUAGGCAGAAAUGUGGUCUGUUACCUACAAGAGGAGAAGUAAGAACAUACUUGGUGACUGGUAUUCAAAGAGACACUUCUAGGGCCCAUGUGUAUUGAGCUGGCAUCUCAUUUGCUGAUCUUGUGCCAUAUUUAUUUAAAAGUAUCCUACUAACCCAUUGACAGCUCCUUUAGUGGGAAGAUUCACUCAGGCUGAAAAUAGAUGUUGCAGACUGGGUAGUUCAACUCAGUCAGUGUGAGAAUGCUGGUAAUUGGAAAUGCUGCCAUUGUAGUAUUGGGUUAGAAGUUGGGCAAGGUGAAUGAAGCCAUUCUGUGGGUAGUUUAAAACACACACACACUAGUCCAAGGGGAUUUCUAGCAGUUAACUCUUCUUCCAGAGAUGUUGGGUGAUGGGUGGAUACUUCCUGCUGCACAGGAUCAUGCCCCUCUAUGAUAGACCACUUUGAGAUUCAGAUUGGUGUAAGCAGUCUACAAAUGCACAUUUGCACACAACAAAGAUGGAUUUGUUUCCAUCUUUACAUGGAAGUUGCCAGCCAACCGGAACAUGAGGAUGCAGCUUUCUGAGCAACAUCCAGACUGCCAUCAGAGCAUCCAGCAGACACAACUGUAAUGAACACCUCUCUUCAUAAUUAAUUUUUUAGAAGGAUGUGGUGCAUGGGGGUGUGGUGCAGAAAGAGAGCUCGUUGCAUCAUGCUCUUGACUCCAGCAAGUGCCCUGUUAGUGAUGGUGUGUGUGUUGCAAAUAAAAGUUUGGCUUAUGGAAUAGACCAGAGACAUUAUAGCAUUAAUGCAAAGAAAGGGUAUGCUGUGGUUGGCAGUAUGAUAUGUCCUGGGUGAUAGUUUGGGACAGUGCAUUAGUAUAGGAUUUGCUGUAGAACUGUCAUCAGCUGCUGGAGUGCAGCAGUUUUGACUAUUUCAACCUGACCUGACUAUUGUGGAAUCUGGAGUGGGGCCAGCAAUAUGUGUUGUCUAUCUUUUGAUUAUGAUUCUGCACUUUACACUGAGAGAGUGAGGGAUGGUUUCAUCCUUUGCAUGGUGGAGAAGUUUGCCAUGUGUACACUAAUUAAAGUAAGGAGACGGUGUACCUGGAAGCCAUAGUGGUUGGGAAGCAGGAGCAAGCAAGCUGUCCUGGGGAUAGAUAUUAUUGAAUGCCUUCAAUAAGUAGGUCAAGGCACAUGGUUGUGGGGAAAGCAUGUCUUGAGGGUUGUGUGUCACUGACUGGGGAUGGUGGUGAGCAGGUCCUUCCUAACCACACAUGUGCCAGUCAGUUGAGCAUGAAAAACAAAUUCCAUUCUGCAAGCCUCUUUGGGUCCAUUUUUCUUGCGUGACAUUGAACUCCUAGGAAACCAAUUAUUGGCCUUUUGGUCCAAAGGCUUGUGAGGCAGCAACCUUGCAAAAGGUCUGAGUCUGGUCCCUGCCUGGAUGGGAGACCACCUGGGAUGCCUAUGUAUGCUAUUCUCAAGAUUUUCUAGGUAGAGGAAAGGGGUGAUACAAAUGUAAUGACAAUUAGGAAGCUUUUCCUGUGCUCAGUACAGCCUAGCAGCCAGCCUGAGAACGCGUGUGGGUGUGGAGAGGAGAUUCUGGUAAUGAAUCAGCACUGGGGAAACAUGAUUUCACUGAGCCACUUUGAAAUCCAUUGGAAUUAACAUAGCAACAUUGGACAACCCUAUGAAUCUGGGGCCCUGUAUACAUUUAUUUCCAGGUUUUUCAGUUAAAUCACUAGGACUUGAAAGUUUCUUGCUUAAUGUAAACUGAUGAGAAUUCAAGAUCCCUGGCCACCUCCAGCUCAUGUGCUUUUGUUGUUGAUCUUUAGUGAAUGGCAUUCCUCUUUCUCUUGCAGGGCAUUGAUUUCUGCCCCGGCCAAAAUGUUUCUGGAGUAACGACCCAUGACCAAGAGGAGCACUCCAAACUUCCACUUCUGUUUCACUUGGGAAAGGACCCUGGGGAAAAGUAUCCAAUAAGGUAAGGCAGGCAUGUGAUCGGAAACACAAGUGGUGUUCUUGAGGUGAACACCAGCCGCGCAAGAGAGUGAGGUAAACUGGUCACGCACAGCAUCCCUUUUAACUGGCUUGUCCUUUCUCUGUGGGAAAGAAUGCAAGCUUUUGAGCAUCACAGAAUUGUUCAGCAGCAGCAUACAAAGCCAGGCUGACCAGGGCCUGCCAUACAAUGAGUCAGAAGAAGGCGGGCGUCUCAGGCAGCUGGUGCUGGGACGCAGGGAGCCGCAGCAAGGGGCUGGGGCUUUGUGUACCACGCACAGCCUGCUCUGUGGUAGACCAUGGUGUCCCACUGCCAGUGCUGAACUAAAAUUCGGCUGCCAGCCGGGUCUGCUUCUGGACUUGGAAAGCGGGGGAUGAGGGUGGCAUCUUAUCUUUUGCCUCAGGCAGCAAAAUGUCUUGGGCUGGUCCUGAAGUUGACAGGCAGCAUCUAUGCUUUUAAUAACAAGGCUUCUGGGAAGCUCAGAAUGAAAGUGUGAAAGAAGCAAGUUGGAUCAAAAUGCAUUAUCCUGACAGCACUGCAGCUGUACAGCUCUCUGACAAGCAGGUAAAAUGAACUAAAACCAACAGAACUGGAUUUUUAAUGGCUGCAGACAAAGACAGCUCUCCUGUGGGGUGAAAUGUGAGGGAGCUGUCUCAGGUGGUAGAUUCUGAAUGCCAUUAAGUAGAAAGCGAGGGCAUAUCUGACCUGUGGAACAACGCCUCCCCUCCAGUUGGUUCUUCUUUGCAAGCCCCCUCAACCUUAAUUAGAGCCGUGCAAGAGGUCUUGACCUCCUUCCAGCCAAGUGGCCCCAGACUUCCAUGCUGCAAGCUGGUUUCAAGACCCUGAGGAGACAGGGAGGGGAUCUGCAGUUUUAGGGGAUGCGGGCGGGAGGCUCUUUGCAGAGAAGGCCCCUGAAAGCAACAUGCUUGGAGUUAUAAUGGUGCUCUGAAUGCUCCCCCCACCCUCCCGUUUUCAGCCUCGAGGGUGUUUUUGAUGAAGAGUAUAAUCACGAAGACUGUCUCCUUGGUAGCAAUCAUCUUAAUGUCAGAGCUGGGAGCCCUCUUGGUGGCGAAGGGGAAGGGUUGUAGCUCAGCAGCAGAUGAUGCAGUAUGCAAGCGCCAGGUCCCCAGUUCAGUCCUUGCAUCUCCAGGAUCAGGCCAUAGGUGAUGGGAAAGACUCUGCCUGACACCCUGGAGAGUCAUUGUCAGUCAGAGCAGAUGAUAUGUAGACUAGGCAGAGAAAUAUUCUGGGCUGGGAAAAGGCAGCUUUCCAUGUUCCUAAGGAACUUGGCAUGUUUGUCUAGCCAGAAGCUAUUCAAGAUAGGUUUCAUGUAUCCCUAAGAUUAAAUCCAUGCUCCAUUAAAGGAUUUAAGACAUUCUGCUGCCUGCCUUUUGCCCUCACCUGAGGCCACUGAAAGGCAGGGUGUGAACUGAGAGUCUGUGGCAGCUGUUUGGUAAGCAUAUUUCCACGCCUGCCUCCUACCUCUGAAUUGGCAGGUGAGCCUGGGAUUCUAGCAGCCACCAGGAGUAGCUGCAGAGAGGCACAUGAGGUUACACUGGCAAUGGAGCAAAAGAGCCUUGGCGGAUCAGUUGGAAAGGUUGGGCGGGUUUUCUCACGAGGAGCUGGAGUGAGUGUACCAUCUGCUUUCCCUGAAACAAAUCCUGUUUACAAAAUGGAGCGUUAAGGAGAGAGGAAACGGGUGUUGUUGGCUCCACCUGCACCAAAGUGGCUUUUACAGCAAGGUGCUCUUAGAACUGACAGGGCUGCAAUUACCCAUCCCUUCUAAAUAGCGGAGCAAUUGCGCUCACUCCAUUACUGUCCUGGCAGAACCACAUGACUGCGCUGCCCACUAAGUGUUCUCUGCUGGGGAGGAAAGGAAAAAGAGACGUUGGUCCUAUCCUUGGAGUGAAUAAGAUCUUUCUGCUUUUCAGCCCUAAUGAAUUCUUUUUGCAGUUGAUUUUUGUGGCUUGAGCGUUGCUGGUUCACAUUGCACUAACUGCAGGGGCAGGCAGUGUGGGAGUGAAUCAUGAGCUGGAGAAGUAUAGCUGACUUAUAGGUUGUAAUGUGCACAUAAUUUGCGUAAACUCUGCAUAUAGAGAUGCUGUCGUUGGGGGUGGGUGAAAUAAUUCCAUCUUUGAUCUCGCUGUGGUUCUUAUUGGAAUCACCAAUUCUGGCGCAAACUCAAAAUUAUUCAUAACCUCUUUUUGCCCAACUUAUUAGCCAAAAAGCCUCCCAGAGCUGUUUACAAAGAUUAGUAGUAAGACAACCCAUCUGAAAUGCAUUACUUGCAAGGAAAAACUGAUGAGGAGGGAGGAGGAAAAAAGGAAGGCCAGGCACCAGUUUUUCAAGUUUCAGUAUUUGUAACGACCCACUGAGAAGGAAACAGGGUAGCCUGACAAUAUGACUUUCUCUCGCUCACCUUGAGGGUGGUUUUGUGUCUCUCCUUUCCUUCUCUCAUUCUCUGAAGCAUUUUGGUUGCACCAGUCAGAAAGAACGCUGUGCCCCUUUCCCAGAGAGUUGGGUGUUGCUUGUGAGCUUCCCAGAGGGGCACUGUGAGAGCAGGGUACUGGGCCAGAUGGGACUUUGGUCUGAUCCAGCAGGGCCAUUCUUAAGUUCUUAACCUAAUUUGGAUCUGCAGAUUCCUCUUGACUUAAAGGCUAUAGUUAUAUUCAUAGGUGAUCUACCGUAUUUUUCGCCCCAUAGGACGCACUUUUUCCCCUCCAAAAAUGAAGGGGAAAUGUGUGUGUGUCCUAUGGGCUGAAUGCAGGAUUUCACUGAAGCCUGGAGAGCGUGCGGGGGCGGGGCCCACCGACCCCUCUCGCUCUCCAGGCUUUGCAGAGAGUUGCCUGCAUGCUGAAGGCUGGGCGCGCUGAGCUCCGCACGCCCAGCCUUUGUGCGGCUCUCCGCAAGGCGCGGGAGCCCGGCACUGGGCUCCCGCGGCUUGCGGAUAUUUGCUUGAAUGUCGAAGGCUGUGUGCGCUGAGCUCAGCACGCCCAGACUUUGCGCGGGAGCCCGGCGCCGGGCUCCCGCAGCUUGCGGAGAGUUGCUUGGAUGUCGAAGGCUGGGCGCGCUGAGCUCAGCACGCCCAGACUUUGCGCGGGAGCCCGGCGCCGGGCUCCCGCAGCUUGCGGAGAGUUGCUUGGAUGUUGAAGGCUGGGCGCGCUGAGCUCCCGCAGCUUGCGGAGAGUUGCUUGGAUGUCAAAUACUGGGCGCGCUGAGCUCAGCGCGCCCAGCCUUCGCGCGGCUCUCCGCAAGGCGCGGGAGCCCAGCACCGGGCUCCCACGGCUUGCGGAGAGUUGCCUGUUCUGGGGGCUGGGGUUGGGGGAAGCUCGGGCUUCCCCCGACCCAGCCCCGCGCUUGGGGAGGAAAUAUUUUUUCCCCCUUUAUUUCCCCCCCAAAAAACUAGGUGCGCCUUAUGGGACGGUGCGUCCUAUAGGGCGAAAAAUAUGGUAAGUGAAGAGAAACUUAUCAUUUCAGUGGGCAGCUAUGUAUUAAUUUAUAUUGAUAAUCGUUUAUGCAGUACUAUUUCUUUUUUUGUCAAGACCAUGCAUAGUCCACACUAGAAGCAGAAAUUGUCUGCCAAGCGAGCCCAAAUCCAAAGCCAGAUCAUAAUAUUUUGCUGCCUGAAGUGAGACCUCUGCUAUGACCAAUACUCUAAAAUGUCUUGUUGCAUCUUUUCAUAUACAAGUUCCUGCCUUCAUCUAUCCCACCACCGCCCAGUGCUGCCUAGUAGGGCUGCACUGAGCAACAACUUUGAAUGCUGCAUUGAGCAACACCUUGAAUCUGAGAGCUGAAUAUUUUAUUUAUUAUUUAUUACAUUCAUAUUCCCAUCUUUCUUAUAGAUUGGGCAGUGAAAUUAUGGCCAGGCCAACUGCAUGCAGUGAGCCUCAGGGCUGGUCGGAAAAUAGAAAUAGCAUAGUGGCAUCAUAUUAUCAUAACAUCAGUAACAUCUCAAGAAGAACUGCCUUGUAAAGAAAUUCAAUUUUCAAAGGCCUGCCUGAACACUAUAGGGUCUUCGCAGGUCCUUGCACAACAUGCUGCUCACCACACCACACAUCAGCUUUCUGAAUACAUCAUGCCAGUCCAACAGUCUGCAUAUAUAGAAUUAUUUCUGCAAUUCCCCUCCCCCUACAAAAGGAGCAACCUGCCAUGCUGGGUGCAGAAGCCCCAUCGUACCCACUCUUUUAUGUCCUGUUGGGCCCCCAGGCAUGGCCCCAGUGUUGUCAAGUUUAUCUUACCAACCACAAGAGCUGGAAACUUCCUUUCAAAAAGAAAAAGCUAUGGCUGUCGGUAUGCUGAGUUCUGCACCCAGCAGCAAAUCCCAGGUGUCCCAGUCCUGCAAGUGUAACACACAGAGCUCCAGUUUACUUUUGUGCUUUGGGCUGAGGGGUUUUCCUUUCAAAAUCCAAGCUACUUGGAUCCAGAUUUGGGAGCUCUCUCUCCACAGGGCAUCCCCUGCCUUGUCAUCUAAUUGUCUCUUUGGAAAACCGCCCUCUCUGAGUUGAGCUGCAUUCCAUUGUUUUCAUCCGCAGCCAUUUCUCAUCUGGCUCCCUUGCUUUCCAAACACCCGGCAAGCUAUUGUCUUGAUUGAAUUUUAUGGGGAGAUUAUGACAUGAUUAUGGUGAAAUGAUGUUUUAAUAUGCAGGGCAUAAUAGAAAGGCGCACAUUCUCUCUCUCUCUCUUUAAAUAAAUAUAAUAAUAAACCAAAUGAAAGUUCAUUUGGGAAGCUUUCUAAUGUUUAUAUCCUCUCAUAUCUCCGGUCACAUUGGAAGCCUUGUGGAAAGGAGGUCUCCCCUUCUUUGUGGGUAAUUAAAUUAUCCUCAUUUGCAGAGAUGUUACUAGUGUGGCGGGUGCGUAUUUUUGAUUUGCCUUAAUUAUCCCCCUUGGCAGCCUGCCUGUUGGGAGUCCCUGUAUUAGUGCUUCUCAGAGGGAGAGCAAGUGUUUUCUUGCCCAGGCAUAAUUUCACUCGAAAGAUGGGUACCAGCAAGGGCCCUGCAAGCAGAGGAACAAAAAUGGGCUUGUCGGUGAUUCUGUCCACAGAAUAUGGGGAGGACCUGCCUGUCUGUGGGGAUGCUGUAAACCUGAGCUCACUGUAUUGCACAUACCACUGAACAUAAGAAGAUCCUCAAAGCUGGGUCAGGCCAUAGGUCCCUCAUAGUCCAGCAUAAUUCAUGCUCUCUCUCUUUGUAGUCUCAGGGUUCCAAGCUGUUCUCCCUGUGUCUAGGUCUUCCUGCACAGAGGAGGAGCAGUGUGGAAAUGUGGUGUUGUUUUUUAAAUGAGAGCCUGUCUUGGAAUAAAAUAUAAAAUGGGGAGAAAAUAGGUGAGGUGAUGUCUAUAUUAUGCCAACUUGCAUUGCUAUGCAUCUUAGGUUUUGGGGGGCGGGAAAUGCUUUCUCCAGCAAAGACUCCUAUGUUACCAGAUCCUUCUUUGUUUUGUCUUGAGUCAGGGGGUGAGGCACACAACUCAUUGCAGAUGGAAAGAGCUGCACCACCUGGCUUUGCAGGCAUUUGUAUGCAGAAAGAGAGAGAGAGAGUGUGUGUGUGUGUGUGUACACAGAUACUUAAACAAAGGAAGAGAGAAAUACAAAAAAGCUAUAUAUAUAUUUACAGCUUGGCUUCUCAUCAUUCAGAUUCAGUAACCUCAGACAGUUCUGUGAAGCUGGAAAGGGGAGUGUAAAGGCUCAAAGAUUAAGAUCAUCAUAGCCCAGGGAGGGAGGCAAUAUAUUAACACCAGCUCCUUCCUUCCAGCCCCAAACUGAGUUUUCACGGCAGGCCACGGCGGGGUUAACAAUGUAGUGAGUUGUGUACAGAUUUUGCUUGGAGUGGGAGGGCAAUGAGAACAGAUUGCAGAAGCACAAUUACGCUAAAUGAACUAAACACACGCCACACCUGUGCCUGGGACCUUGCGCCUCCAAUCCAUCCCUGAUUGGCUCUCUGGGGACUUCCUGGAGGUAAAGUGUCAAUUAGUGUAAUGACCCUGGACUCUGUCCACUCUGCUCCUUCAUCCUGAGCGUGGAAUAAUUCUGCGUACACAGGGGGAAUCUCUCCGAGCAAACUCCUCACAACACCACCUGCUCACCCUGGCGCGCUCUUCCCACUCAUUCUUCCACUGCAAUUCCCAUCCUCCCUUUGGCAGGCUUGAAGAGACGGAAUACAAAUUUAGGGCGGCCCAGGGGCAAAGCAGCCUGUCAGUUUGCUUAGACAAUAGGCGUUCCAAACACCUGUACAGGCAUAGCACCAGCAGCAGCAUGAAAAUUGCUGUGGAUUCUGGUCAUUCUUUCCCUCAUGAUUCUUUUUCCUCCCUUGGAUAAUGCAGAGGUGGGCAUGACCAAGCAGCUUUUCUUUGCAGAGCAGGGGGUAUUGUACAUCCGAUAUGCAAUCUAUAUGUGCACCAGCCUGUUAACCAGUUCAAAAAGCUGAUGAGGAUAAGCGCAGGAGAAGACAAGAUCUCUACAAUCUGCGCUGCUGGCUCUCUGCUUUUGUGUGGGAAGAUUUCCUGUGUGCACCCCAGUGAAAUAAGCAGCCUCCAUCACCCAGUGCUGGCUGAUGCCCAUGUUCCCUGCUUUUAUUAAACUUGACAGCAAUGUCUGGUGGGCAGCUGCAAGAAGACAGACAGGUGAGGUUAGUGCGCCAUUGCCUUGCUCCAUUGUGGCUCGUCCUGGCCUUGCAUAGCACAGCACGGGAGUGAAAAAUUGGGGAAGAGCAAAGCAGCUGUGAGCUGUUCUCCAGGAGCCUGUAAAUUUGCACAGUUCCAGUAAGCCAUAAUUUGGCACAUGAACCAGGCCGUUGCCUCUUUCUGUGUGUGUUAAUACUAUAUGAUAAUAAUACAAUACUAUAGAUCUUGCUCUACUUAUUUCUCCCCAUUGCCAGUUGUUGGGAAUGACUUGCACUGUUCUUUCUUUGUGUGCAUAUAAAUUUUAUGCUCCCAUUACUAAUUUCUUGAAAUGCCUUUGCAUUUGUUUUCAGUGCCACAACAGUCUGUUUGAUGCAACAGAUCAACAGGGCUACCCCUCUUAAAAAGUGGGAUAGUGGGUUCAGAUCAAAGCAGGCCCCUAUUUUCCAGAGACUUCAGCAACCUGUUCUCACAGUGGCUAAGCAGAUUCCUACAGGAAGCCUACAGGCAGGGACCUGAGCACAACGGAUGACCUUAACAGAUUGGAGAACUGGGCCAAAACUAACAGAAUGAAUUUCAGUAGGGACAAUUGCAAGGUUCUGCACUUAGGCAAAAAGAACCAGCUCCACAAAUAUAAAAUGGGGAACACCUGGAUUGCCAGUGGUACAUGUGAAAAGGAUCUAGGGGUCUUAGUAGACCAGAAGUCAAACUUGAGCCAACAGUGUGAUGUAGCAGCAAAAGAAGCGAAUGCUAUUCUAGGGUGCAUCAACAGAUGUAUAGUGAUCAAGAAAAUGGCUAGUAGCCACUGAUAGCCGUUGCCUUAAAAGCUUAUCUGUAUCUGGUUGGCUACUGGGAAGCAAGAUCCUGGGCUAGAGAGACUGCCAUUGGGUCUCCUCCAGCAGUUGGUUCUUACGUUCUGUGGCAGAAGAGGUCACAAAUUCUCUCUUCGCUGAGAUGAAGUCUGUCAUUGUUCUCAAGAAUGCAAUUCCUCCUUGCAACCUUCCUUCCACUUUGUUCUGAGCCAUGCUUAGAUCCAGCAUGGACCCCAUUGGACUUACUGUGUGUGUGUGUGUGUGUGUUUGUCUGGAAGGCUGCCAAGAAGAUAUGGUAUUUAUAGCACUUACUGGAAACCGUUGGCGUGUUCCUCGGUUUCGAAUGUGAUUGAUUUUGGAGAAGGAAAUGCUCUGGAGCCCUCGGGGCCAGUGGGCAGCUCGGACCAGAAGUAAAGGGGGUCUAGGGUCAGGCCUGAGUGGCAUUGUUUCCAUUUUAUCUCCAAAAGCAAUUUGCAGUUCUUUGUUUCCUAAGUGACUCUUAAUAUGAUGGACAAAAUGAGAUCACUGGGUAUUAAUCCUCCAUUUAAGAAGUACUUGAAGUAAUACCACAGUGAAAGGGAACGUUAAGCCACUUAAACAAAUACCUGCUGAAGUUUAUAAUCCUGAUAAGAGUAAGGGGUGGGUUGUUGGGGUGGGGGAGAGUGGGAAGGGGCCUGGUUUCCUGCUCCUCCUUAACAUUCACAGGAGAGUCAGUGAAAGCCCUCUUGUGUGAAAACAAUGCAAGGUGUCCAACCUUGUCUUCGUCUUCUCCAUCAUCUCUCACCCAUCUUUGGAUAUAUGCCUCUUCAAGUUCCCUCCAUCAUCUUCUGUUGCUUGCUUCUUGCAUCCACAUAAGCCCUGCUAUUAAUUUUAGAUUGUCUACCCAUUACAUAGGUGGUCAUGCCCUUGGCCUUUUGAAAUUGUAGCUUUGAUUAACCUUCAUCAGCCCAAAUUGCCUCUUUCCACAUGUCCUGCAUAUAUCCAUGUUCACAACCUUUUCCACUGCAUCCGUUACUUUUAAUCUUUGCAGUAUCCAAUUAUUAGUUUUUCCAACUUUUUACGAUAUUUCAAACAUUGCACGUUCCAUGAUCUUAGGAAGUUCUAAUUCAAGUGACUUUUUGUGCAGACCAAAGUCAACCAAGGUAAAGGUCUUCAGCGUGUGCUCCCGUGUGGGGCAUGCACAUUGCCACAUGCUCAGACUUGCUCUCUCCACCUCUCAAAGCUGCUGAAGCCACAAUAAGACAUCUUGCAACCCAGAUCCAUGCUGGAUCUGAAUUGGUCAUAGCUAUGAACAUUUAAACUACAUCAGCUUUAGAUGGUUGCAGUGUCCAAAACAGAAAUAAAGAUUUGGAUCACUUGGCUCUGAGUUGUUGAAGGUGUUUUCUGUGUUACUACUUAACUUCCUAUUCUGAAGUUGGGAACAAAAUGGGAUUAAAGACCCUAACAAGUAAGUAAGUAAAAUAUACUCUCGUGAUAAUAUAUUCCCUUGAACAUGUCAGUGCUUUGCUCACUCUAUGGCAGUAGGGUGGCAGUGGAGGAAUUCACAUCUAUUUAAAUGGGUGCCAAUCUGUGAAGCAUAACUUGAGUCAGUCCACUUUUGUGUUCCUAUGGCAUGGAGUCUAUAUCUAUUACCUUGGGAGCAGGCAGAGGGUGAGGCGGAUGCUGUGAUGCUCCCUGUGUAUCCACGGCAUCUUGGGCCUGCUGAAGGCCAAUCUUCGUAUUCUAUGCUAUUCCUAACAGUGUUUUAAGCAUCCAGGUCCAGGAACCAUCUGAAGGCAUGGUAGCAAGUGUGGUGGGCCCUUAGGGUUGAAGCCGAAGGACUGUUUUUUAAGCUGUCUAGGUCUGGUAAUCCCUAAUUCAACCAUGAGCAAAUGCCAGGCUUCGGAGAGCUAUGUUGUUGUUUUUAAAUUAGAAUCCCAGGAUCCACCAACCAGAACCAGGCUCAGAAAGGUAGUUCAAGGGGCAGAACCAGUUUUCUGCUGCACACCCCAUUAGUCACUUGUUGGGAUGAUCUCUGUGUACACGCUGUCUGUCUACCAUCUGCCCACUCCUGCCCUAAUGUGCGAACUCCAUGCGCCCACAGCCGUGCAACACGUGAAAUUUUAAUCUAGACUGUGCUGUACCAUCUCCAGAGUGAGCAGAAGUUGUCAUUGAUGGCUCUCCGCAUCUACCACUCCACAUAUGGGUUGAGUAACUCAUCACAAGCCACAGAUCCCUGAUAGAGCACCUGCUUUGCCUGCAGAAGUCCCUGGUAGAUCUGAUAGCAGGUGGUGAAUAGUUGCUGCCAGUCAGAGUUGACGAUGCUGGGCUAAAUAGUCAAAGAAGUCUAAUGUGGUAUAACACAGCAAUCUCCCACCCACCACACCAGCUAUGCCAGCAUUCCUUGUGUUUACAUCUCUGUCCUGCCUGAUCUCCUUUUUCUGCCUUUCCAGUUUUUCAAGUGCUGAAUACCAAAGUGUUAUAGAAAGAAUCUCCCCCAUCGUUGAGCAGCACAAGGAGACAUUGCUACCUGGGCAGCCUCAGCUGAACGUCUGUGACAAGGCGGUCAUGGUAAGGGAUUAAAAUGUAAAUAAGCAUAAAACCCCUUGGUCCUUCAUGUAGUCUGUGGAACUUAUCUCCCCUUAGGGAGAUAUAUAAAAGGAUGUCACAUAGAGGAGGGAGAAAGGUUGUUUUCUGCUGCUCCAGAGAAGCGGACACGGAGCAAUGGAUCCAAACUACAAGAAAGAAGAUUCCACCUAAACAUUAGGAAGAACUUCCUGACAGUAAGAGCUGUUCGACAGUGGAAUUUGCUGCCAAGGAGUGUGGUGGAGUCUCCUUCUUUGGAGGUCUUUAAGCAGAGGCUUGACAACCAUAUGUCAGGAGUGCUCUGAUGGUGUUUCCUGCUUAGCAGGGGGUUGGACUCGAUGGCCCUUGUGGUCUCUUCCAACUCUAUGAUUCUAUGAUUCUAUGAGGUUGGGCAACUCAGAACAUCCUCUUUCCCUUUUUGCAGGAAGUGCUUCAAUUCACUAGGAGUUUAUGUAAAAAAAAAAAGUCCUAUAUCUUCCUUUGUGAAUUCAAAGAGGCAGCAGCACUGAAAGACCAGUUCCAUACAUAUGGAAAUGAGCCUGAAAAGUCUCUGUCCAUCAUCACUGAGGCAUCUUUCCUCUUCUCAGCUUUUGCAGUGCCUAGUAUGUGCUUAAGGACGCGGGUGGCGCUGUGGGUAAAACCUCAGCGCCUAGGGCUUGCCAAUCACAUGGUCAGCGGUUCGAAUCCCCGCGGUGGGGUGAGCUCCCAUCUUUCGGUCCCAGCUCCUGCCCACCUAGCAGUUCGAAAGCACUCGUAAGUGCAAGUAGAUAAAUAGGUACCGUUUUAUAGCGGGAAGGUAAACGGCAUUUCCGUGUGCUGUGCUGGUGCUGGCUCGCCAGAGCAGCUUCAUCACGCUGGCCACGUGACCCGGAAGUGUCUCCGGACAGCGCUGGCCCCCGGCCUCUUAAGUGAGAUGGGCGCACAACCCUAGAGUCGGACACGACUGGCCCGUAUGGGCAGGGGUACCUUUACCUUUAGUAUGUGCUUUGGAUGCAGUAGGUCUUAGGUUCGACUCCUGGUAUCUCCAGGUAUGGCUGGGAAAUAUCACUUUCUGAAACUCAGGAGAUCUGUUGCCAGUUAGUGUACAAGGGACCACAGCACCUUGAAAGAGGUAGAAAUUUGACCCUUGCAGUCAUAAAAUCUAGGAGAGUCCAACUCUCUGUGAGAAACUUCAGCUUCUCUGGCAACCGAGGCGUCUAUCUGUUUGCCUUGCACUGCUUCCACUGUCCUUCCCUUUACAUUUUGGAAGUGAUAGCCAGAUUAUGAAAACCCUGUUAAUUGUUCUUUAAGUUGGCUGGAGCCCUCCUUCCAAGAGCUGAAUGCCUGCAAAAAUGCCCUUUGCUGUGAUUGCCAGGCCAUCAUUGCCACCUGGUGUUAGCAGUGCAGAAUGCAAAGCCUCACUCACCAGCAGCCUCUCAAAAACUAUUUCCCCCUGUAGGGCUCUCACAUGAAACAAAGCAGAUAAAAAUAACGCAAACAGCACAGAGCGGGCAGGAAUGACCUUUAAUAAACUGACAGCUGGAUUCUCCCAUGGAUGGGUGGGCUUUGCAGAGAGACGCCGAAGGAGGGAGAUGGUGAUGCGCUUGGCUGCCCUUUGAAGGUGAUUGAUGUUGGGCCAAGCGUGUGCUAGGUGCAGUACAGAAUAUGGAUGUGAGGCAAUCUCCGCCUCCGAGGCCUUGCAGCCUUUGUUGGAUGAAAAGGACCAAAACGGAGGGUCAUAGAUUGACUAAUGAGCAGCAAAGGUUCAAAUGAGGGAAGGGACAAAUUGGAAGAAGGUAGGGUGGCUUAUGAGGGAUGUGCAGCAGAGAGCAUUUUAUGGGGACUGAGAGUGGCUCAUGCAGAAGUCUAGGCCCUCUUGACUUGUCCAUACUAGCCGAUGAGGAGUGAGGGCUUGAUUCUGUACUGCUGGUUUUCACUUGCCUUCUCCAGAGCUGCUUUCAGCUCUGUUCCAAAUAGAGUUGAUUUCCUUAUUUAUUACCUGCCCUUCACCAUAAGGUCCCAGGGCAAGUUACAGUGAUCUGAAAAUACAGUAUUAAUAACGUUUUAAAACAAUAUCACUUUUUCAUUUCCGUUUUUAAAUUUACUUAUUUUCUGGACUUCCUCAUACCUCCCUCUUUUGUAUUCCAGUCCAAAUUGUUUGUCCAGCAAUUUCUUUUCCACUUUUUUAAUCCCAGUGAUAUUGUUUUUAACUGUUCUGUUUAUUCUGUUUUAUUUGCUUUUUGUUUUUUUGUGUGUGUUUAUUUUCCUUUUUUUUGGAUUAUGUAUAGUGUAUUUGUGUAUUUUUUUUUUAUGUCUUUCUGUCUAAUUUUUUUUUCUGAAACCUUAAUAAAAAAUCAUUUAUAAAAAAUAACGUUUUAAAACAAAUGACAGCCACAGGAAUAGGGUGGGGCCCAAAAUAUUAUCCAUCUCAAGUGUCAGAGGCCAGAGUAAAGGCUAGGCAUAAACAUGCCUUUGAGGGAUAAGAGGCUUUUCCAGCACAAGGGCGAAGAUGACAGAGCCAAAGGGACCCAGAGAUAAGGGUGGGAGCGAGGAAGCUCACUGGAUUAAGGGCUGAGGUGAAGAACCUGAGGGGAGGCACUUUGGCACUUUCUCCCCCGGUGCCCCAGUUGUGUGACCCACUGCCAUCAGGAACACCCUUGGGGGAUUCUGAGCUGCUCAUCCUGCGUGGUAUCUAAAGACAGGCUGUUUGGUGACUAAAGGCCCCCUUGAGACUUCUCAGGUGGGUGGGUUGCACUCAUUGCCUGGUUGUAACCAAUCGCUUCUGGGCUCUGGAAGGGAUUUCUCUUUCUGGAGGAUGUCCUCUUCCUCCUUUCUGACAUUGGCUGUCUUCUACAAAACUCAAGCAAGGGCAGGAUAAUUCCGGUGAACCACAGAGGUGUCGAGGCUGAGCUCUCCUGUUUCGGUGUCGCCAUGUAAAUGCCUUCUAAUCCAUCAGUUGGCGGGCUAAUCCAUCAAACUGCUCAUUAAAACACAAAUGUUCUUAUCUGUCUCACCCUUGGCCUUCCGAGACUGCUGUCUUCUCCUGAGCGCUUUGGGUAAUCUCCGCAAAUAUGUCUGUGCAAAAUAAUUAUAGAGCCUUUCAAAGUCUAGGGCUGUUUCUCUCUUCCUGUCAGCAAUACAAAGGUUUGCUCACUUAUCACGAUGCCAGAAGAGGGAUUUGAGACAGCCCCAGAAUAAUGCAGGGAUAGUGCGGAGGGGGGGGGGGGCUAAUACAUGACCCUGUUGUGAAGAGGACAAGGCAGCCCAGUCUGUUGGAAUGGGGUUUUAGCAUGUGGGUCUUUGCACUAGUUUUACCAUCCUGUUCACAGGGUGUAGCGAUUCUUGAAUGUCACUUUUCUAACAGAAAUAAGUUGUUGUUAAUAAAGUGCCUGAGCCUGGGGUGAGGAACCUGCAUCCCUCCAGACCUUGCUGGAUUCCACCUCCCAUCAGCCCCAACCAGGAAAGCCAGUGUUCAGGGGGGAUGGGGGUUGGAAGCAGAGCAUCAGAGGCUUUCAGGUUAGCUACUGAAGGUCAAAGGUAUCCUAAGUAAUGCACAAAGUGUUUGGUGUUUUUGUUUUUGUUUAAAAAAACCAACAGCCCCUGCCUUCAGGCUACCAAGGUGAGAGACACCAUAUGAAAAUGGGGGUGGGUUGGGAUAUAACAGGAGAGCAAGCAAAUUCAGAUACUAAUUUUUCCUAGUGAUUUGUGGCUGACCCAGUUUCUCUUCCUGUCUUGCAACAGAAUUGGGCUCCUCCAGGCUGUGAGAAGAUAGGGAAGUGUUUGAAGCCUCCCAGCCCCAACCCUCAAAAAUGCUUUUGGCCCCACUGAGCAUCUCAUGCCUAACCUGCUGGAGACAGAGCUGCUGCGGAUCAUUUCUUCAGAAAAGGGGCAUUGUGGGAAGAAGCCCAGAGUGUUUCCCUCCUCUCUUUCUCAGGGUUACAGCAGUAAAUCUAUAUGAAUUCAGUCUCUCAGUACAGACAGGGCCAAGGUACUGUGAUCUUAAGACUAUUUCAGAUAUUAGGGCUGGAGAGCCUGCCUUAGUCCUUUGCUACACAUAAGUUCCUUUGAGACUGAGCCCUCAGUUAUCAGUUGUGAUCAUCUCUCACAGCAUUCUGCUCCCCUCCCACUGCCUAGAAUUGGAAGUUUGUCCUGGAGCUCAGGAACCCUUCUGGACCUGAUGAGGCAGAGCAUCUUUGUGCCAUCUAAAAAUUGUUAAGCGUCAAUGCCAGUAUUCAGCGGCUCCAGCAAAUGUACAGUGUUGCUUAAACGUGCUUGGAGCAAAGACUGCUGCUCACUGCAUGCAGUGCCAGCAACAUUACAGUCUAUUGGCUAUAAUGUCUCCCAUACCCUCUGCUGGGCAGGUGGGCAGGACUACCCACCUGUCAAUCACCAGACAUCAUAAUGGUGUCAAAGUUUAAAGGAGGUUGUUGCAUCCUUCUUUGAGGAUGUUAUUCCAGCACUAAUCAGCUCAUUGGCACUGAAUGAUCACCAUUCAGCUGAUCAUUAGUUACAGGAAGCCCCUUUGAAGUCUUUGCAGAGAAGACAAUGCACCUAAAAUUGAAGUAUUUUUCCCUCUGCAAAGAAAAUGGUCUCUACUCAAAGUGCUUUCUCCAUCUCUUUCAAUACAAACUGCUUCAUCUUUUUCUUUCUUUCUUUCUUUCUUUCUUUCUUUCUUUCUUUCUUUCUUUCUAAGCUUUUUGGAUUCAAAACACAGGAGGAAGUGCUUUAAAUCCAAGUUCCUUCCUAUAGCCCCCUUGGCUGCACUAGAUAACUUCCUAGUGCAGCCAAUCCCAGCUGAUUGUUGGGGCUUUGGCAGUGCAGGGCUCUCUUUGAGCACUAACAGUUUGCUGAUCAUUGGUGUUUGCAUAGAGUCCUACAUUCCACUUCAAAAAGGGCUCCGCAGCCCUUUUGGGCCCAGCUAUUACUUUACCUGCAUCUCACACCUGAUGCAAUAUAUGCUAGCAGGUGUAGGGCAGGUGAGUGUGGCUCAGCCAAAACGGUCUGGCCAGAGGCUCCCCACACCUGAGCUAUAUUAUCAAUAGUUAAUGCCUCUGAUAGCUAAGUGGAGCUUCUAUGUUUAGAGGCAGUCUACCUCUACAUGCCAGUUGCUGUUGGAUGGAAGAACAACAGGGUAGUUGUCAUAACGCCCAGCUUGUGGGCUUCUUGGAGGCACCUGGUCAGCCACUGCUGGAAACAGAUGGCUGGCAAGGUAAACCUUUCUUCUGUUAUUUUGCUAUGCAAAGAAGUGUUCUCCAUUGCCAACAUUUCUUUUAAGACUUGGUUUCAAAUGGUGCCAAAAUAUACAUUUUCAAGAAGUGCCAAAGGUUAAUAUGAAUAAAUGUCUGCUGCUGUGAUGUUGUUUUUAGUAUGAUUAGAAGAGUUCUGUAUGUUUGUUGUUAACUUUCAAGAAAUACUUCUGUCAGCUUUAUAACUUUCUUAUUGUGUGAUUGUAAGAAAUUAAGGUCAAUAUAAUACAUGAUCUACAAGUGCUGUGUCUCUCUUCCCUGAGCUCCUUGUUGAAUGAGAUUGUGGAAGAUAAUAAGAUUUGAAAUGCAAAUCCCGGCGUGCAGUAUUUUAAAAUGUGAGAAGUUGGGGACGGAAAGGAGAAGAAGUGCCUUGGGGCCUGUCAUGCUAGCAUUCUGUCUGAUAAGCCAAGCCUCUUGGUUUAAGCUGUGAUGGAUUUCUUCACAUGCCUACACCAGCAAAGUCUUGCUCCACUUCACUAAGUGGAUCCCAGGGGAGACAUUGAAAGACUGGCCUCUGCCAUGGAUUCAUUAAGUAGCCUUGAGUAAGUCACCUUCUCUGUCAAACUUUAUGACAGUAGCCUAUCUCACAGGGUUGUUGUGAAGACAGAUCCAAUAAAGAUGACAAAGUUGUAAUAAAGAUGCUAUUUAUAGCCUUCUCCUGUGAAAAGGAAGGUGUUGGGGUUCUCACAGAAAAGCUGAACUGGUGGUGAAAUUGCAGAACAAACUCAACUGCAAAACAGAACCCCCCCCCCCUACAAUUCCAAUCACUUCCUGUCUUUGGGGAUAUAGCUGUUAAAAAAGCUCUGUGUUCCAAUGGAAAGUUGCAUGCUUGGGUCAGUGUUUGUUUCUUCUGUUGCUAAGGACUGGCCAACUUGGGCCAGCUGUUGGGGGAAAGGAUUUUUUCUGGUGGUGGAGGAGAUAAUUUGUCUUUGAGAAAAUCCUAGUAUUAGCAGGGACAGCUGUGAAAAUAGCCUACACAGUGACCUUCUGCUUCAUCACCCACCCACCCCGUUCUCUGUCUUGCCCAACAAAGGCCUUUCUGGGAAAUGCAGAUCCUUCUGGACGGAUGUGACCUUUGUAUAGGCUUUCAGCUCACUAAUAUAUCCCUUUAAAGAAAAAAAUAAAUAUUCUCAGCAAUGGAGACUGGAAACGGGAAAAUGGCAGUGCCCCUACAAGCAUCUUGUAUGGUGUUCCUUCACCCAAGAUGCAUUCUUUUCUGUCUUAUCUAGCCUGGCAAAGAGUUCUGCGUAACUUGAAAGCUUGCAGACUGUACCAUGAAUGUUGGCUAUUUAGCUGAUCUGUGGAUUCUGUUCUAAUGGAACAAACCUGGCUGCCUCUUUCGUGUCUGCAAUAAGAGUAAAAAUGCCUUGCACAAAGCAUAUUAAUUGAGAAGUAUGUUCAGGGUUUCAGCCACAUUCUUACAGGAACAGAAACUGGAAAUCCAACAUUGCCAAGGUGAGUUCUGGAAACUGUCCCUUCGGCUCCACCAGGGGGCUUCAUGGGACAUCCGGCUUUGAACACAUCCACCAGGGUUAAACAAUCUGCACUGACGGUCUACUGCUUACCAAGCCAACUUCAAGGUUUUGUUGUUGCCGUUUAAAGCCCUAAACUACAUACUGGGACUUCAGCUAAUGGGUUGGGGCCAACAGUUUGGAUCACGGCAUGAUCUAAAGUGGGUCACAGCAGCAGCAUGGCCAACAUACAGAUAUAUGGUUAAAUAAAUGAGAAACAUGUUCUCAU